AUGGCGACGCCCCCCGACAGCCCGAUCAUUGAAGAGGCGACACUAAUCGAGCUCGAGGAACAGCUGAACAACUCGUCCGCGUUUCCGCACGCCAGACCCGUAGCCCUAGAGGACCUCUGCCGGCAGACCAAGUUCACCCGACAAGAGAUCCGCAUCAUGUACAGAGGAUUCAAGCAGGUCAGUAACGGUUUUGUUUUGCUUUUUGACUUUCCCGACUUUUCCGGAUAUUUCCCAAUCAUCACGAAAACUACUCGGUGAAUCAAAGAAAAAAAAAAUGAACUCUUCAAUGCAUAUAUAUAUAUAUAUUAAAUUCAAAAUGUAACAAAGGGUCCGCUGUUGUUUGUCGAUUGGAGCAAAAUGUCUGGUAAAAAAAUCGUGUAGACAGAAAAAAAUAAUUAAUUUUUAGUAAAAUCAAAAUAUUUCUCGCUCCGCUCAGAAUUAAAAAAAAAAAAAAAUGAAAUUGCAAAACACGCGAAAUCAUUUUUAUAAAUUCUACUUCUAUGUGUUAGUAGGUUCAUCUACUUGUGACGAAACAAAAUUUAAGCUUACUCGGUUAGUUUUGUUUUUUUCAAGUAUUUUGUAAAAAACGUGCAGAUGCUAGUAAAUCCGUUCUCAUCACGAACAUGGUUAAUUAUGAGCAUAUUAUAUUACUUCGUAUAGUUUAUACGUGCGCGCGAUAAUCUUUCGACUCGAAAUCGACCAUAAUCUCUCGCUAAAUAAAGUGUUUAGUUUUUCGUUAAAGUUACUUAAGUGCACUGUAAUACUUGUAUACGUUAGUUUUAAAAACGUCUAGUGGUUCGGCAGCGUACCUCGUUUCUAAACCCGAUACUCGGGGGGUUGGGACUGUUCACCAUUUCCCCCCCCCCCUACACAAAAUGUUCGCAUCAAUAAAUCGUAUACCAGUAAAUCCCCGUCCUCCCGCAAUAAUAAACACACCCCAGACUGCACGGAAAAAAAUGGUUUUUGUUUUCCGAAAUCGCGCGAAAACAUUUCGAGUUGUAUUUAUUUGCAGUACGCAUUAACGAAUUAUUGGUGUCGACUUUAAAGCUUUUGCAGUAUCAGGCAAACAUAUUAUGAGAGCGAGGUAUUUUGGCGCGAAUACAAUUUAAAACCCCGAGUAAAUUGUUCUAUAUUUUGUUUAGGUCUAGAAGACCGAAUCUCGAUUGAAAUAUAAUAAUUAUAUAGUGUUGUAAAAAUGUAUCAUUUUUAUUAGAACUCACAUCUACUAUAAAGGUGUAUUAUAAUAAUAGACGGCCGCGUAAUUGACAAUUGUAAACGUUUUUGUCGAUUGCGUAGCUAUGAUUUCAAUUAUAUUCCAUAUGGGUUUAUAGUUUCGAUAAACAGGGCGAUCAACAUGACGCGUAAGACACUCUCAUUUAUGUCUCGGAAAUAGUACAGUAAAACUUCUGUUAACGGUCGCCUCUAAAAGACGGUCGCUUCUGUGUAACGGUAAUUGUUUUUCGGUACCGUCAAGUGUUUUGCCUCUAUAGUAAACUUCUAUAAAGGACGGUCAUCACUAAAUAGCGGUCAUUAUUUCCGACCCCUUCGGUGACCGUUACAUGGAAGUUUUAUUGUAUUAAAUUCUUUUUUUUCGGAAUGUGUAUUUUAAGAAAAUCUAAGAAACAAUAAAUAAUAGCUCAAAAACGCGUUAUAGGUACGCACUAUCGUUUGGAGCGAGGAAUUUAUUGGUUUUACAAAAAUCUUCAUUUUUUUUUUUAUGUGAACACUUCUACUAGAAAGCAUACUCCGAUUAUCAAGUAUAGCACCUUUUCUAAAAAAAAAAAAAAUGUUCUCUGGGUGGUACUUUAAAGAGGUCAUUUUUUGAAAUUCUUAUUAAUAUUCGAGAUAAUUAUAAAAGGUUAAAAAAGAUUGAAAGAUUGAAAAUAAGGCUGUCAUUGGCAACCAGUUUUAUUUAUUUUUUGUUAUUAUUAUGUUUCAUUGUUUUAUUAUUUUAUAAAUAUUUUUUCAACAAUCAUUGUUGUCAUGGAAACGCAAAUUGUUGUAAUUAGUUUACCAUAAUAUGACACACAUAUUGUUAACAAAACAACACUAUAAACUGAACUCGGCUCAGAAUCGUGUUUUCGUUAGCAAUGGUUUAUCGUUGCUUACAGAUAUACAUUCAAUUCCCGUCUGCAUCCUGCAUUCCCGAUUUUCCACCUACAACAGUGGCUGUACCCACUUGCUAAGUAUGUCUGUCUUUUUUUUUUUUUUUUAAACAAAUUUUAAAAUAGCCACCUACAUUGUAUCCGAAAUUCCAUUAACAAACGCAGUUUCGGCCGUGCCGUGGCCGUCGAUCCCUGCGUUACGUUGAUCGUCCUGUAUACGCAAACACGAACGAUUACAAUAUUAUUCGCUAGACAAAUACAAUUUCGCGAUAUAGAAAUUAUUAUCAUAAGUUGUCAACCAGACUGUGUAUGCUGAACGCCGCAGUCGUCGUGGAGUAUACGGGGUUCAUUAAUACACUUGAAUUAGCCGUGUUAUGACAGACGCUCGUCUUCUGCCGCGGUGCACUGCGAUGUUCAUUUUGUGCGCGAGUGUGUUCGCAGUGCUAAUGCGAUUCAAUCGAACAACAACAAUAAUAAUAAUAGAUUGUUCAUUCAUACGUUUAUGUUCUGGCGUACUAAACGCACACACACCAUCAUCAUUUAUCGUAUUAUUUUUUUUAUUCAUUUAUGUAUUAAUCAACGCCAAACGGUUUUUACAGUAGUGUAGUAUUUAAUUUUAAAGAGAGAUAAAAAAAAAAAAAAAAAAAAAUAUAUAUAUAUAUAUAUUGUUUUCGUUGUUCACUGGCAGGCGUUAAAUAGUUACGGUACUCGAGGUAGGGCUGACAAUAUUCAACGACGUCCUGUCCGUGCGAGACCUUUUUUCUUUUCUUUUUAUACACACGAGUAUAUACAUAAACAUAAAACGAUUAAUUUUUUUUCACAAUUGUUAAAAUAAAAGAGCUCAUAUCGGGGACGGGUGUGCGCCUGUUAUAGUUGGGAAAUCAGGAAGGUAGGAUACGUACAUUUAUUUAAUUUACAUCUGUAAACAACGGCGAUAAACUUUGCUAACGAAAAACGAUUUUCGGUUAUACGUGUUUCGAAAGGUAGCAUUAUUUUCAAUUUUCGUCAAUAUUUGAUGUUAAAACUCUUAUAAAAAUAAAAAUACUACAUUACAUUCGAAUUUUUUUUCAACCGUUAAGUUCGACGUAUAAUGAACCUUCUGUUAAAUUUUCAAGUAUUUAUACUACCAAAUAAAAAUUAUAUCUAUAAACAGCUCAAAAAUGGCUCAAGUAUAUCGAAACAAGUUUUCUUGCACAAAUAUCAUAGCAAACCAAUAACUACGUUCUGAAUUUAAAAUGUGCAAGGAAUAACAAUAAGCACGAUUGACUUUCCGAUAUAAAUAAUGUGCGAAAUAGAAAAAAAUGUACAAUGAACAAAUUUUAAUAAAGAAUAUAAUAAUAAUAUAAUCUAAAAUUAUAUGCGGACUUCAAUUUAUUUAGACGCCCUUUUUUUGGGGAGAGUAGGGGGGAUUUUGAGUUUUAUAUAUUACGUAUCGGUACCUUUAUUAUAAUAAUAAAUCAAUAAAACCAUAAUUUUUGCUCCCUGCUUAUUUUAAACUCUAAAGUCAUUUUCAAUUUUAUUAAGUGAAUCAUUAUGUCCGAGUAGUUAUAAGAUCUGACUACAGGCUUUUUGUCUGCGUUCGUUUUGAUUUAAUCGCUAUAUUUCGUUUUUAAACAUCUUGAUAAUUCUUUUAUAACUUUUAGCGUUAAAAAUACAUUUAAAUAAUAAUAAUUUUUAAUAAAUAUUAAAAAAUAUCGCAUUAAUAAUGUUGACUAGUAAUUUACUUUGAAUAAAAAAUAAAUUAUAAUAUUUUAAAUAUGUAUAGAGAACCUACAUUAAAAUGUUACUUAAUACAGAGUAAAUUCCUACACACAUACGUAUCCCAAACGUGAAACGUACUUAUAGAAAAAAUAAAAUAUUUUCCUCAGAGUUAUUCAAGUAAUUAAAAAUUAAAGCCUUACAUACUAUAUAAACUCCGAUAAAGCUUUUUAUAUUGACAUUUGUAAAUAACUUUUUAAAAACAAUGGCGGUUUUAUGACAAAUGAAUCGUUGGUGUGUCUGUUUGCUUCCAAACAUAAAAAGAAAAAAAAACAUUGACAUAAUGUUUAAGAUUUUAUUUGUGCGCAUUUUCUUUCUAAUCUCGAAACUAUUUCGUAUCAAUACAACAUAAUUAACAUAAUUCAUUAUUAUAGUUUCACAUUUAUUGCAAAUUUUUUUCACAAACAGUCUAAUUUUUGUUACGUAUUCUAUAAAAAAAAAAAAAAAAAAAAAAACAAAAAUUUGGAAGUUCGAUUAGGUUAUUCACACUAGAGCAAAUAGCAUUUAUUUUCAGUUGAGGAGAAGAAUUUAUGAAUUUCAAAACAAUUUCUGGCCUGAUUUUUAGGAUGAUAUUAUAUUAUUAAAUAAGGUGACGUGCGCGAUGUUACACGUGUUCAAAAUAUUCCAUGGAAUGCCUUAAAUUGUAACACAAACUAUUCAACUACGUGGAAUUUGUAAAAAAAAAUAUGAAAUUUUAGAUGGGUUACAAUCCUCGACCCACUGUCCCUUGGUUUCGCCACUGGUUAUUCGUUUAAGGUUUGGUAUUCAUAUAUUAGUUUUGAAAAUGUUAUAGUAUAAAUUCUUCUUUGAAAAUUCUCAUCGUGUUUUGUACACUUUGUAAUAAUAUAUGUAGAACCGACAGGUAAACGUUACUUAUUCAUAAAAAAAUAAAACAACUUUGUUAUGAGUGCGUAAAACAUAUACUGGGAAAACACGUUAUAAUGUGUACAAAUGUAUUACCAUCAUGUGGACUAUAUCACUCAGUGUUUUAUAGUAAUUUUUUUGUACGUAUUUUUCUUUUUUAUAUUUCAAAUAUACUUUUUUAUGAUAAACGCAUACAUUUAAACGAUACACACCGUUUUUUUUUUUAAAUAUAGGCCUAUUUUUUAUAAUAUUGUUUACAUCGUGUUAAUUAGAACAUUUUAUAAUAAAUAGAUAUACCUGUAUGUUCAACGGUAGACUACAAAGUCAGUAAUUCAUUAUGUAUUUCCAUUUUUUGUUGUGUGUGGUUGAUAUAGUUUCCGUUAUUUUGACAAAAAAACAGAAUCGGACGUAAUUAAUGAAUCGCUCUGAACACUUCUGCGUAUGUGUCAGUGCAUUUGAAAUAUAAUAUAGAUAAUAAACUUUAUGUAUGCUGGUACGUGACUAUACAUUAUGAGUAGGGUCGUGAAUAGUUAAGUAUUUUUUUUGCACCCUAAAACAAUGUUGUUCUGGUAAAAAAAUUCAAUAGCUUCAUAUAAUAUUAUAUUACAUCAGUGUUUAAAUUGGAAAAAUAAAAGAAGCUAGAUUAUAGGACUUAAAACAUAAGCCUUUCAUCAUAAGCACGAUUCGGAGAGCAUCAGAGGGGACUAAGCUCCCUCUGGCUAGUUUCAAGCACGAGAGCCCAAAUACGUUUAAUUUAAUGUAUACUCAUAAUGCAACAUUUCUAUGUCUUUAUUAAAAAAAGUAAUAGUUAAAGUUUAUUGAAAAUAGUUGUUAAUUGAUUAUUAAUCAAUGAUUAGAUUUUAUUAUUUUUUAUUGUAUGGUUAUAACAGUAUGACCAACUAUAAUAUGUAUAGAUUACAGUUACAGAACUGCAAUUUAUGAGUUGAUCCACCUUGGAAGAUAUUUUAAUGAACGAAUUUGUCAAAACGGAUUAUAAAUUUAACUUAAAGAUUUAACAUUUUAAUAUAUUUAAUCAUUAAUUACAUGUAGCGUUAUAGAUAAAAAUGUCUUUUUUUUUUUGUUUCUUUUUAAAGAAGUUAAGCCCGAGAUCGCCAAGUUUCGAAAGUUUCGUGGGAGUAAAAUGUUAUUACUGUAUUUUUUUUAAACAUGAAAUAAUCCAUGGGGUUGUGGCCCCGUUGCCCCUCUGUACUCAGCGCCAAUGGUUAAACUCCUCCCAAGAGAAAAUUCCAAUUGCGCCUAUAACCGUCUUUUGCAAUUGUUAAACUCAACCUAACCCGUGGGGGGCUUUGCCCCCAUAUCAAUUUUUAUUCACAAUUCAGUAUUUAAUAAUUUCUGAAAACAAACGCUACCUACUGUGAGUUUACUUUUUACUUAUAAUAAUAAUAAUAGAUAAUAUUUAUUUUAGAUUCUACUAUGAUGAUUACUAUUAUAUUAUUUUACUAAAAAAUCUUGGCUACGUGCCUGACGGGUUUAACCGAAAUUCGCUUGAAAUCGUGUUUUGUUACCAUUGAUUUAUCGCUGCGUACAGAAAUAAAUUAAAUUAUCUGAUAUAUUGUAUUGUCCAAUAUAAAAAAACAUUCUACCUAAAACAGUAGCACACCCAUGGUACAAAUUAUGUCGGAAUUUUCUACAAGAGUUAAAAAAAAAAACAACAUAAAUUUGUAAUUUAUUCUUUUAAAUUAUUAUUAGUAUAGAUUUCACAAAAACAGAUUUAUGGUACUAUUAAAGUAGUAUCCCGUAGUCUUUUAGAGAAUAACAAUAUACGAAAGUAGAUGUAUAUGUAGCAGCUAAUCAGUAACAUUGCUUCUAUUAUACUUAACGGAUAUUUUCCACAUAUUAUAUUAUGACAAAUCGAAAAUCGUAAGAACGCACCACGAUUAUCGUAUUUCUGAUCGGAUGUCCAUCAUACAUGUGAACCGUAUAUUUUAUUGGGGGAGGAGAGGGACGGUUGUCUGAGGUCUGACGCUCUAUAAUAUAAAUUGUACCGACAGCUAUUUGACGUAUAUUGACGGAACGUUGAAAAAUGAUACUUACUAUUAUCUCGGCGACCCGCGAUCAUUAAUAGAUAAAACGUCCUUUUGCUAUAAUACGCACUUUGUGAUCGGGCGAGUCGCGUAUAUCCCCUUCAUCGCUAUUGUUUUUCACGCAUUUUAAAUGCAAACCGACUGAUCCCCUCACGGGACUCUUAUACAUAUAUACGAGACACCCGACUCGUUAACUCGCUAUUGUCGUGCCAUUUUGCGAAUUUAUUUUGCCUAGCUUUUUUUUUUCGUUUGAAAUGCUCGCUUUUUUAGGUAACAGUAAACUGUGGUUCACAAACGAACGAAUAAUAUUAACGUAUACGUUUUGAACGGUAUAGUAUAUGAAUCAUAUAUAAUGGUUAUAUGAACGGAGCAAUAUUUCCGGUAGAAAAAUUAUAAGCAGACACCAAAGAGAAAAAUAAGAAAAUAAAGCCAGUACAUUAUACUAUUGAAUUACAAUGCAAACAAAAAUAAAACCGUAAGCAGCAAAAAACCAUUACUGCGUAAAUUUUCUCGGUAUACGACGUUUUGUUUUUUCCAAUUAUUACGAAAACUACAAAAACAAUUUAAAAAUGAUUACAUUCAUGGACUAACUAGACAAAAUUUAAUACCAGAAGCCGCUCCUGUAAUUUUGAGUAAGAUUUCCAGUAAAAAGUUGUUUACAAAGAAAAAAAAACGCACAUCAUAGUAAAAACCAAUCUUCGGUUCGCUCAGAAUCCAAAAUAUAUUGUCAGUACCUAGUGGUCUAAAUAAUAAACGUCUACGCGCUUAUUUGAUAUUAUAAUAUAUUUCACGUAGUUGCUAUAUUAUUGUAGUAGUACAUUGUCGUCUUCAACUGAAUAGCGUGUAUAAAUUAAGUGAACAAUAUUAUUUACUAUACACAACACUAAAGGUCUGGUGAACUAAAAACUGUCGGAUAAGGGUAAGAAUAUUUCAAACCUCAUUGUGAUGACGAAGCACAUUAUGUUGUUCCCCUACAAAAUUCGGAUGAAAACGAACUACCUAGGUAGAAAAAACUCAACAUUUAAUCUCAUAAUUUUAGAUUCGGAGUGUAGUAAGGGAUUUAUUGGUUAUACUAUGAUGUGUACUUUUUUUUAUGUUUGUGAAUAACUUUUCAAACAGAAUACUUUCUCCGAUGUAUCAAUUAUAGUACAUUUUCUGAAAGGAAUUCCAAAUAAUUGAGAAAAAACAGAAACAAAAUUAUAAGAAAAACAAUAAAUAUUUACGGCACACUAAAGCGUUACCGAACCAUGUUUUCUACUAGAAAUAUUGCUUUUAUAAAACGAUUUUUAAAUACCUUUUUUGUUACAUUUUGGAAUUGAUUGCUCACAAACAAAGGCAUUAUUUGAUUUUUUAGGUAGUUUUUAUAAGAAUUGGGAAAAACCGGAAAAUACUAAAAACAAAACUAACAAGUUUAUUGCACGUGGUGAUUUCACCAUUUAAAUUUUUUACGCAUCAUAUUUUCUACCAGAAACAUUGGUUUAGUAAAAAAACAACAGGACACCCUUUUUGUUGAAUUUUUAAUCUAGUUGGUAAUUAAGAAAGUCGUUUUUACAUUUUUCAAGUAGUUUCUAUAAUAAUUGGGAAAAACAGGAAAAACGUAGAAAUAAACAGGCGAGUUUAUGGAAAUAAUGGUUUAUUUAAUUAUUUUCAACUUUGUUUUUUUUUUUUUGUUAUAAUUUAGUUCAAAUAUUCGUAGAGACUUACAAUUUUGACAGAAAAUUUAUAUUUGCCUUUUAUGGACUUGAUACAAUUUUAUAAUAUAGCCAUUUUUAAACUAUAUUAUAGACAUUUUCAUUUUACGAGUUUUUAUGUAAAUUUUUAUUUGGUUGGUAAAUGAUUGAAAAUUUAAUAGGAGAUUCCAGUGUGUUACAGUGUGUAAUUGUUUAGAUCCUGAAUGGAACGCGGAAUGUAUUGGUUUUACAAAAAUGGUUUUUUUUUUUUUAUGUGAACACUUUCUACCAGAAAACAUAGUCCUAUUAUCAAUUAUAGCACCUUUUCUGAAAGUUAACUUUCUCUGGGUGAUACUUUAAAGAAGUCAUUUUUUGAAAUUCUCAUUAAUAUUCGAGAUAAUGAGGAACAUUUCGGUUUUUAGAUUAAAAAAAAUUGAAAGAUUAAAAAUUAGGUUUGUCAUUGGCAACCAUUUUUAUUUAUUUUAAUCUUUUUUAAACAAUUAUUGUUGUCAUGGAAAUAUGUACAUUGUUUUAAUCAUUUUACUAUAAUACAUGUAACAUAAUACCAAAAAAGGCAACAACAUCAACUGAACUCAGUUCAGAAUCAUUUUUCCGUUAGCAAUGGUUUAUUUUUGGUUGCAGAUAUACAUUAAAUUCUAAAAUUUUACCUUCCUAACUUCCCACCGAUAACAGUGACGCAAUACAUUAGUAGUAUCAGCUCCUUUUUCUUUUAUCUCGUAGGUAUACCGAUGCAAUUUAACUUAAUCAAGAAACCAAGAGUAACCAUACAAUUAUAAUAAUAUGUAUUAUGCACAUUGUACAUGUUGGUAAAACCAUACUUCAUACAUAACGUACCGAGACUUAAAUUAUUACUAAAUGUUUAUUGAAAUAUUAUACAGGAAUACAUUUCAAUGAUUUAAACGGACUUUGGGCCGGUAUUGUAACAUGAUUUUCCACUCUGUAUACUAAAUGAAAGGAAAUGAUUAUUGUAUAUAAUAUAAUAUAUUAUACAUAUUAUAUACCUACAAAGAUAUAUUUCAACAAUAUAAAAAUAAUGUUCUGGUUUUAUUUAAGUAAAAUUGUAUUAUUAUUGACCAUAUGCUAGAUUUAUACUAUAAUAAAGUCAUUUUAUUAGUUGUAUUUACACUUGUUUUGUUUUUUUUUUUUUUUUAGGAGUGGUCGGGGUUUAGUACUUAUUUUUAUUCCAAUCACUAUUGUUCUAACAAUGCUAUUUUAGUUUAGAUCGUGAGUUUUGAUAAAAUAAAAACAAGAAAAUGGAAAAUCAAUAUUUUGUUCGUAAAAAUAAAGGCGUUAGAAUAAGGAACCUAUAGUGUUAUGCUUAAUAUUAUUUUCCUGGCCUUCUAAUUUGCAUAAAAUCGUCAAAUGGCGUGAGGUGUACUAUAUGCAGUUGGUUUAAAACGCUAUAGAAAAUGUUCGUGAGCUUCGUUCACGUGUUAAGUGUGCAUUAUACUUUUUUUUUUAAAUAUGGGAUUCUCGUUGAACAUAAUAUUUCAAUUUAUUGGGUCAUGCGCCUGUAGUCGGCAAUCUCUUUGAUCAAAUAACAUUAAAAAAAAAAAAAAAAAAUUAGGUAUCGAUAAAAUCACAAGUAAUCUUGUUGGUCAUUUUUUGACUAUCCUUGUAGUUUUCUUAAUAAUCGGGAAAAAAACGACGGACAAACGGGAAAAUUAACACAAUAAUGAUUUCUGUACAAUUUUUAAUUUUGUUUUUUUGUUGUAAUUCAGUUUAAAAGAAUCGUAAAUUCUUAUGACCUGAUAUUUUCACUUAUAAUAUAAAUUAUAUUAGCUCUUUCUAUACGUGGUUAAAUUUUAAAAUUAUUUUGACGAUUUUUUAGCUUUUUAUAGCCAUUUGAAAUUUUCUAGUCGUUUUAGUUUUUAUUUGAUUUUACUUGAAUAAAACUGUUUUAAAAAUUCUCGAAGAUUUAAUACAAGGUUUAUCCUAAGUUAUAUUCAGUAGUAAAAAAAGUAUACCGUAAUGUAGUAGAUUUUUUUUUCAAGGCACGUUUUAAGUCCGAAUUUUGAUGAAAAUCACGGCAUUUCAAAACGUGUUUAACUGAGCGUCACUCGGAGUAAUUUUUCAUUAGCAAUGAUUUAUUGUUACGUACAGAUUUAAAUUAAAUUACCCUAUAAAUCCUACCUUUUCCCUACAACAGCAGCCUACUCAUCACGGACAGUAUCCCGUACGGCUGUACGUGGAAUGUUACCGGCUUUUUUUUUUAUUAGGUUUUUUUAUAUAAAGUAUAAAUACCUAUAGUUUACUAAAAUAAUUGUAUAAUUUAUAACGUGAAUAAUUUUGAACUUGCAUUUUAUUGUAUGCGAUUAUUGUUACGUUAUAUAUUUUGGACUCGGUUAAAAAAUAAAACAUUAAUAUUCAAACUGAUUAUCUAGAAAAGACGAUACAAAAUCUGAACGAUAAAAUAUCAUAAAAGGUUCAUUGGAAAAAUAAAUUCGCGUUUAUACGAGACCUAAUUUUAAUAUUAUUGUACAAAAGUCAAACCCAGAGGCUAUUCAAAGAUAUUUAUGGCUUUUUGAGAGUAAAACGUUGGUGUUAUGGAUGAGUAUAUAGACGAUAGGAAUUCUUUAUUUGCUAUGUUAGGCGUCGCAUAAAAUUCUAUGUGAUUAUAAUUAAUGACUUUGGGGUUUUUUUUUUCAGUUUACUGAUAAAAUCGUUAAACUUUUUCUAUGCAUUUUAUCAACACGAGAUUUAUUAAAAAUGCAAUUAAACAACUGAUUUAAUAUGAUUUUUUAAUAGAAAUUUAAUAUUUCCCCCGAUACCCUAAUAUUAAAUUAGUUUUCCCUUUUUAAUAAAAUGUACCCGAUAUACGUUAUCAUCAUUUUCGCCAAUAAAUAAAAAGAAGCCACAAGAAAUAAAAAUAUGUAACUUAUAGAUUAUUAUAAAUAAUGUGAUUUUUUGAAAUAUUAGAAUUAUGAAACCUGAAUAGGGUAGUGUACUAAAAUAGCAACAAAAUUGUACUAUUAAGAAAAGUUUUUUGACAGUUUGUUGUAGUGCUGAUAAACCACAGGGGUAUUGAACUUGUAAAUUGAGUGAUCCGACUAGACGAUUUUACUCGUCGUCACGGUUAAUAGGAAAUCAGUGUAAUUUUAUUAUGGCACGAGCAUUUUUUUAGUAUAAUAUUUACACAAAUUAAUUUAGUUACUUAUUGUCGUUAUUGCUAUUGGCAUAAGUAAUUAAAUAUAAAUUUAAUUUUUAACAUUAUUAGUUUUUUAAUAAUUUUAAAUUUUGUUUGGUGAAAAAUAAAUACCUAUAAUACUGUUUUUUAAUUCUGAGUAUAGCGAAGAAGUUACUUAAGUUUACUUUUUGUUGAUUUCUGAGUAUCUUGAUACUAGUCCGCUCAGAAUCGAUUUUCGUUUGGAAUGAUUUAUCGUUACAGUAUAGGCAUAUAAACUAAAUUACUUUGUAUAGGUAUCCAUCUUACCUUUCCAACUGUCAACCUACAGCAUUGGCCUUGUCCGUGGACAAUAUACAAUUUAUUUCUAUUAACCCUCCCCCGAAUAGAAUUGAACUGCAUCCAUGUUGACAAAUAUAUAAAUAAUUUAAUUUUCAGAAAGUAAAAUAUGUUUAAAAUUUAAUGACAUAUAAAUAUUGUAACGGUGACGGUGUUCACGGGGAAAAGAUUCACUACUGUUUAUUUAUAACCAUACACAUGAUUAUGUAGGAAGAAACAAGGAUAAAACAAGUGGAACACAGAAGUAAUAUCCAUUAACCGAUUAAAAUAAAAUGUACAGUUUAUCGUAUUAUUGUAGUUUACUUAUUCCCGGUCUGCGUAUUGUGCGGACAUUGAAAGGCUUACAUAAAUAUUAAUCGUAGUGUCGUUGUCGUGCACCGAAAAUAUAAUAUUAUUAUUGUGUUCAUAUAAUAUUUUGUAUAGUCGUUAUUGUAAUUUUAUAUACCACUUUAUUACGGUGAACAUUUGUAUGCAUAAAAAUGCAUGAUAUUACGAGAAAUAUUAUAAAGAAAGUCGUGUUUUUCGUCGUUCAGUUCGAUGAACAAUUUUAUUCGGGCACGUGGAUAGGUAUAUGUAUAUGCACGUUACGUUGUUAUGAAGUGUAUAAUAUUAUAAAAAAAAAAAAAAGUAUAUAAAUAUAUUAUGAUGUGACUAUCAAUAAUAUACAAUAUAUAUGGAGAAUUGAAUAAAUAUAAUAUUAUGUCAGUAAUAUUAAUAUAAAAUAUACAAACAGUGGAUUUUGCGCGUACAUGUUUUAGUAAAAAAAAAAAAAAAAAAAAUGAAAUAAAAUAAACAUCAUUAACGAAAAAAUAAAAAAAUCGAUUCGAAAAAAUAUUAUUAUAUUUUACACGGAACGUUUUCCUUAAUGAACGCGAAUUUUUGUUGUACUUUUUCAAUAAGUUCAAAAAAAAAAAAAACAAAAUAUAUAUAUAAAUAUAUAUUUUUUAAAACGAGUGUCGAAUGGAAUAUCACCGUGUCGUGGUAAUAACAUAUUCAUAUUAAGUGUGACUUUUGUGGGCGAUUUUUUAAACAUUUUGCUACCGCGUAAAAUAUUAUAUUUUAUACCGGAAAACGUUAUUCACGAACACGAAUAUUUAAUAUUUUUUCAAUAAGUCAAAACAAAAUAAUAUUUACAAAACGAGUGUCAAAUGUGGAACAUCACACACGCCGGUCCUGUAUUAUAAUAUUAUAUUCAUGUUAAGGGUGGCUUUGGGAGUUUACAUUUUUUCCGUGUUGAGUAAAUGCUAUUCCUCGGGGCGUCACGACAGUAGUAUAAUAGGUAAUAGUGGAAGAAAAAACAAGAUUACAAAAAUAGCAAAGUCCAAACCGCAGAAACCGCGAACGUUCAGUAGUGAAAGUAUAAUAAUAUAAAAUAUCAUAAUAUAGCGAUUAAAAUAUUUCAAAACAAUGUUUCUUAAUAAUAAAACUGUUUAAUAAAAUAGUUCAACUUGAAGGUCAGGUUAUAAGUCAUCGAAACUGAAUAUUACUAUAGUAAAUUCCUGUACAGAUAGAGGCCGUUAUUUUGAUUUAACAUUGUUGUUUUAAAUGAUUUCGAAAUUUCCAAAAAAAAUAAAAAAAAACUAUACCAAUUAGUCGUUUUAAACAUUUUGUGACAUUUUCAGCUAAUCAAAUUAAUUUCAUGUCCCGUAGUCGUGUGUUUGUACACUAUAUUUUGAUAAAAACGCCCUACGAUUUCUCUGGUGGAUGACCAUGUCAUGUCAUCACACUAUCACCAUCAUCCCUAUACAUAGAGGUAUAGUGUAUAUAUUAUUAACAGUGCAAGUUUCGGGCUGUACAUAUAAAUUACAAUAUUCCUCUCGAAAAAUCAAUGACCGUACAGUAUAUAAUCGGUAUAUAAUUAUAUAUAGACACAUAGUCUUGUAACGAAUACCUACUUUUAAUUUGUAUUCAGAAAUCAGAAUACGUAUUCGAAUAAGUUUAAAAAUAUAUAUUCAGAAUAUAUUACAUUCGAAUAGGUAUUUUAAAAAGUAUUUGAAUUAGGAUGCGCAGAUUUUCAAAAUGAAAACUCACGACUUUUAUAUACAAUUUACAUUUACUUGACACAUUCAGAGUCAAAAAUUUAGGGGAGAGGGUUUAAACCCAAUAAAAUGUUAUGAUAAGAGUAUAUAGAGUAUUUUUGGUUGGGACGUGGUCAUUUGAAAAAUAAUCGGAGGAAACAACGGCUAAAUUGGGGCAGCCCAAAACCCUCUUUUUACACUUAUGUUUACCGUCUUUACGUUAUCUUAAAUGUUCGUUGAGUGAGUUUAUGGUCCCGAUAAAAUAGAAAGUUACAUGCUUUUCAGGUGUUCCGGAUUAUGGAACGCCGAACCGUAAAACUAAAGUACAAAGCGUAGACUUACUUAUCUUAAUUAAAUAAUAAAAUUGAAACCAUUUUCGUAAAUUCAAUAUAUAAUGUAAUUCGUAAGACGUAAUUUUAUAGAGUUAUCAGUUUACAGUUUGUUGAGAUUAUAGCUGUAGAUAUUAUAACGGUUGCGGGAGACCGGUGGUUGUUCGAAAAAUGACAAGAGCCUCGAGUACAAUAAUUUUGAAAUGUUGCCAUUACCAGCAUAAUAUGUUUUUAUUUUUAAUAUAAAAUAAUUUGACAUUUAAAUAUGUGUUGCGGUGAUUUCAUCAUUUAUAAAAUAUGCUAUUAUCUUAUACGUUAUAAGAAAACCUAAUAAACUUAAAACUUUAUUUAAUCUGUACUAUCCAUACAUAAAUACAUAAAUUAAUACAUUACAUUUAAAUAAAUUCAAAUGUAUUUACCUCUUGAAGUUAAGUUUGUUGUGGGGUAAAUUAGUUAUCAUAAAUUUCAAAAGAUUUAAACAACAUCAAUCUGUAUAAUAAAUAUUUAAAUAAAUUAUAAAAUAUAUCAUUUUUCCGACAUAUUGGUAUUAAUACAUUUUGUCUUGCAUUAUAGUUACAUAGUUAUUGUAAAUUUAAUUUUGUUUUAAUGUUUUUAACUAGUUGUAUCUAAAGUAAUGUUUUUAUUUCUUUUUAAAAGGUUAAAUAUUUUUGUAUUACAGCUUUUGCUUGUGUUUACUGUUAAACACAGUUAUGUGAAAACGUUUACGGCAAAAAUUAAUUUAACCUAAGACUGUAUCACUACUAUCACUAAUAGUAAAACAAAUUACUUUAGUAGCAUAAUAGCAUUUAAUAGCAUGAUUCAUUUAUGAAUACAAUAUACUCAUAACAUUUCAAACAAUUCAGAUAUUUUAUUCUGUUACGUUGGUGUACAUGUAGGUGGUUAGUGAUAAUAAAAAUGCCUUAUAAUUUUCGAAAUACCCGGCACUUAACGGUUGUCCAACGAGGCAACGAAACGUAAUAAGACAUGUUGAAAAUAAUUCUAAUUGGUCGAGAUCACGGAUAUAGAUCCUAUAGUUGCACAACGAGUAGUAAUACGUAUAAAUUAUAUUAUCUUAUAUUUCUUCCCUAUUAUGUGUAUUAUACGAGGUGUAUUUUUAAGAAAACUGAAAUUUGUAUAAUAUAGAACAUCCAACCACUGUUUAUGAUGUAUGUACACGAUAAAUCGCAUAAACAUUACAGGUCAAAAUACAUUUAUUAAAGUUGUAUAGAUUAUAAAUAUUAUUCUCCACGUUUUAUUAAAUGGGCAGUUCGAAUGGACCGCACAACUAUUUCCGCGUUAUGUGGUACCAAUGAUUAGAUUUUAAGUAGGUUUUCGUUUUUGUUUUUUUCGUUAUCCGGGAGAAUAUGAACAUUGAACGAAUCAAUAACGACGUGUGUAGACCACAUCUCAGAUCAAAUAAAAUAAAACGUCGGGGUAAAUCAAGCUGAACGAAGACCGACAUUAUUGCCUUCACAAAUAUUUAUAAAAGAUCUCUGUCUCUUGAUACUUCCUGUACAGACACACACACACAUACACAUACAUACACACACUCAUAUAUAUACCUAAAACAAUUCUCGUUUCUUUUCUCGAUUAGUUUUUAUUUUCAAAAUAUUGAUUUAGUUUUAUGUACUUACGUUUUGUUUCUCGUCAUCUACAUAUAAAAGACGAUUUAGUCGGCGAAACAUUUGGCAACUAGACAAGUAUAUGUCAGUCGUCAAAUAAAUACCUUGAAUUAAUAUUUCAUUAACUUGAAAACGCAAAUUUGUUUAACCCAAAUACUCCAAUAAAGAGUAAUGAGCCACGAUAAUAAUAAUGUCACACGAAAUUCUCUAGAAUAUUAUUGUGACGGUGGGAAACGAUUCGUUUAAUCAUAGGUUUAGACUAACAACCAGCUAUAGAAUAAAAUAUAUACAAUAUAUAUACUUCCAGUAAUCAAAUUUCUCUUUUGAAAAAAAUUGGUUCGAAUUUAUUUGAAAAAAAAAGUAAACUCGUCACAUACUUUAACUAAAUAAACUAAAUAAAAUUAGUACCAACAUUUCCUAUAAAAACACGGCCGAUAAAUCAAGGAAUAUAAAUAUAUUUAAAAAAUGAUUACUUUAUCGACGCAUUACAUCGUCAAUCUUUAUAAUAUUUAUACACAAUUGUAAUCUGAAACAAUUUUCAUUGCCGAGCAUCCUCUUGUCUUAGAUUAUAUAGAUUAUAAUAAUAUAGUUAUCAAUAAUAUUUUAACGGAUAUUAUUAAAAAUUGAAAAUAUCUUACCCAUAGGUAUUUAAUGUACGGUGUUUACGACACCCGCGAAAAAUACGGUAUAAUUAUAUUAAACGUUGAAAGAUUGAUCGAAACGAUUUCUUUUUAAAUGGAAGUACAAUGUAUAGUAAUAGCCUUCGCGCCUAGGCGACCUCUUCUGACUUUAACGCGAUCAUUUAUCAAACGAAUUCCUGUUUCACGUCAAAUAGCUGUCGGCAUUUAAACAUCAUCACUGAUGAUGAAAACUGUAGAAAUCGUAAAAUCCGAAAGUAAAUACGAUUAAAUUACCACUUUUUUAUUAUUUUAUUUUAUUUUUUUUGCUACCUACUCUUCUCGAAUUUCUUAUAAUCCCAUCACCAGUACGAUCAUUAUAUUUUACGAAGAUAAUGCUAAAAUACGAGUAUUAAUAAAAAAUGACCUAUUGUUAUCAAACACAAUUCUUGUUAAAUUAAUGCAUUUGAUAAAGUUUUUGAAUUUUGAAUAAUUCAUUACGAUGCUCGUUUUUAGUUGUAUUGUUUUGUUUUUUUUUUCGAGCGGAACAAGGGAUCUACGUAUAGUCUUAAAUUAUUUUGAUUUCUUUUUAAAUAUAUCCGUUAUUUUUACUCCAUUCAGUUAAAACGGUUUAAAUUUGAAACGGUAUUAUAAUUUAAUGCUGUCUGUCUUAAUAUUUUGAACUUGUUUAUUAUGAUACGUAUAAAGAUAUGGUAGGCAGUAGUAUAUUUAAAAAAUGCAUUUGACAAAGUUUGUGCUUAAAUUUACAGUACGCUGACUCGGUGAAUCGGUUUUUUAAACACAAUAGUACAAUAGUUUAUUAUUGACAUUUCUUUUAUAUGCAAAUAGUAAUCGUCAUAUUAUAUUAUGCAGUCGUGCAGUUUUAUACGUAAAUUACCCGAGUGCGAGGAUGUGAGUCAUGACAGCAGCUGCUAUAUAUCUUUUCGUACUUAGGUUUUUGUGGCCCGUGAGUUUCGUAAAAUAAUUAUUAACAAGGUCGGUAGACAUCUUAGAAACUUUUUUUUGUUUUUAUUAUUUAUUUGCGUUUUCCAGUAGGAUUUUUUAUCGUCAACAUUUUAAGCGGUAAAUAUUAAUCAGUCAAUGAAAUAAAAACAAACAAUACGAUACACUCGAAUACAAAUAAUAUCUAAUACCUAUUAUUUUUAUAAAAAAAAAAGAAAGAAAAAAAAGUAGUCAGGAAUAGAAAUUACUCGCCUAUUCAUAAUACCGAAGGAUUUUUAUCUAAAAACUUUCUGUUUAACAAUAAUAGAUCAAAAAAGACAAAAGUUACGAGUACAUGUGUGGGGAUAACGAAAAGAAGAUAUUAUUCUACAUACCUAUUUUAUAAUAUUUAUAUAGGCCUGUAAUACAGGGGUUGGGAGAGUUUUCGUUUUAAACAAAUUUCUGGAUAGGUUUUUCGAAUAAAAAGUUAAUGGAUGGUUUGUAUGAUGUACACGUAUUCAAAAUUAUUAGGUAAUAUCUGUAGUUGUAAUACGAAUUAUGCAACUGUUACAUACUGCUUAAAAUUUCUUAAAAAAAACUUAAUUUUUGUGGGGAAUUAUACUUCCCUUCUCCCGGUUGUCCCAGUUUAAAGGUUCACCCUCUACCACACAAUUUCAAAAAUAUCACUGCUAAAUAUUGUCAUAUAACAAUUCUAUAUACAGCUUAACAUUUUUUAUUUUGUUAUAGCGUUUUCUGCAAUACCCAAUGGCAAUGAUAACUUUUUAAUGAGAAACACGUAUUUUAAAAAGACAAUUAUAUUUAAAUUUGUGUAAUUCGUUUUUAUCGCGUGUAAAUUCAUAUCAUCGUAAGGAAAUAUUAUGUAAAAAAAAAAAAAAAAAAUGAAAUACCAAUGGGUAAAACUAAUCAAAACUAUAAUCGUUUUUAUUCAGUCAAUUUCACAGAUAGAAAAGACCGGCAACGCCCGUUCCACACGAUUAACCUUUUUGCCUACCUUCGAAAUCUUGCACAUGCAAACUUUAGGAUUAUAAAAUACAUUUAUUUUAAAAUUGAAAUCACGAAACAUUGCCGUGGUUCUAUUUUACGAAAUAGAUUAUUAAAUGACAAAUUAAUUUCUUUAUGAUACAAUAUAUAUUGAAUAAUUCCGAUGUAAAAAUUUAAAAAUUAUUAAGAAACUUAAAAAUACAGAAAAUAUUUAUUAUUUUCGUUUUGAUUACAAACGAAUAAAUACUUGAAAACUUAUUUACAUCCAAAUACAUUUCGGUUGUAUUUUCCCCGAAAUUUGAUGCUGUGCAGAUACUUAUUGGUUUUUUUUUAUAAUAAUACAUAUAUUAAUAUAUUGUGGAAGGAAUAUUUUCUUUUUUCUAAGAACAAUCCUAAAAACCUUCCUUUCCAAAUGAAGCCAGAUGAAUGAAAUUUUGUGACGUACCCCUGGCGUUAGUAUCAAGGACGCUACUUUUGGGUGUAUACAAUUUCACUCCUCCUCUCCUACCAUUUUUAUAUUCAAAUAGCUCCAUUUAUUUAUUUUUCAUUUUUGGGAGUAGUAUAAUAAUGGACACAGUAUUAUUAGAGUAUUCGGUUAUUUAUUGUUUCACAAAGAAUAAAUCUAUAACACGAAAUAGAUAAGGGAAAAUUUGACUCUAGAAAAGGAGUUUUGUUGGUCAUAUGUGUUUUUUUUUUUUUUAAUGCGAUAUUAUACUAAGUAGGUAAUGGAUAUUCGAAAAAAAAACAUUAUUAUUAAAAUAAAUAAUAAAAUACUUGACUGGUUAACAAUAGACACGUGGUUAUUAAUAUUGUUUUUAAACGGAAUAAUUUGAAUUUUCGAAGGGAUCGUUUUUAGUUUAAUAAAUAAAAAACAUUUGAAAUAAAAAACAAUAUUUCAAAAUUAAAUUAAAAAAAAAAAGACGAAAAUCCAUGAACGGAAUUAUAACAAUGCAUAGGGAUUCAAAAAAUAAAUUUAAUAAUAUAUAUUUUGGUGAUACUCGUAAUAUUGCUAUCUUGGAAAUUCAAUAAACUAAACAACGAUCAAAAUGAAAUUAUACGUUUUUGUGGUCCAUAACUUUGGUUUGCGAAAAAUGUUUGUAUAUACAGCGUGGCAUAAUCAAAAAGAUGUCAAAACCGAGAUUUAUUUUUUUUGCUUACAAAAUGUCCCGUGAAUUGUUUUUAUAUUAAACUUUUUUUUCUUUAUUUUAAGUCGUGUUAUAAAAAAAAAAAAAAAAAACGAAAAUAUUUUAAUUUUGUUUCUUUUAGAACGUAUUGAACGGAUUGUAUCCGUAACACAAAAUAAAUUUAUGUAUGAAAUUUUUGGAUUUUGAGUAUUAUUAAGAAGUUGAGUUAGUUUCCGACUCAGAGUAUUUUUUCAUUUCCAAUGGUUUACCAUCUUAUAUAGUAAAUUAACUAAAUUACCUACAUAAAUGGCUUACCUGUGAGCAGUAUCAAAUAUUUUCCUACCACUGUAAUGCCUUGUUUAUUUAUAUAAGUGGUUGUUCCCAUUGUAAUAUUUAUUAUUCUGAUAAUGUAUAACAAUAUACGUCUUGUUUGUUAUCUAAAAUCGAAUAAUGAAGUUGCGUAGUGAUUGUGUAUUACUAGAAGUUAAUUUUUUUCUUUAAAGUUUCUUCUAUUUCGAUAUAAUUUUCUAUAUUAUUCUAUCAUACGAUAAAAUGAUUUAUUAUUUCUCAAAUUCUAAACAAAAAAUAAUAAUAAUUUUCUUAAACUCUUGGUAGAUUCCUUAUAAAUGCAUUUUCUAUUUUUUUUCGUUCCAUUUAAAAACUUUUACGAAACAUUUUAUACGUAAGGACAAGGUUUCUGCGAUUAUUAUCUAAAACGUACAAACAAGGCAUGGACAACACGAGGUUCAUUUGCAGUUUUAAGUAGAACGUAAAACAUUUACUUGCUGCGUAGGACGAGCAUGAAAGAAGGGAAGAUAUAAUAAAGACAAAAGUUUGCAGGGUUUCAGAGAUAAAACCCCGAAAAACGCAAUAAUUCGAUAAAGAUCUGCUCGGCAAAUAUUUUGACUUCAAUGAAACAGAUAAAUUCAUAUUUUAUUAAAGAUUCACAAAAGAUUAGAAUCAGCUUUUAUUGUAAUAACGUUGAAGAAUUUAAUUACGAAAUGGAAUCAUAUUUUAGGUUUGAAUUAACUUAUAUUUUUCAUGUAUGUAAGAACGUGUCUUAAACGAUACACUGGGUGAUGAUUGAAUGGGCUAAGCCACUUAAACCAAUUAACGUAGGAAUAAGAUACCCUCAAGUAUAUUAAGUGUAAAAUGGUUAGCGGUCACUUUUUACAAAUAUAAAUAAUAAAUAUAUAGAUAAUAUGUAUAUUAUAUAUAAUAAUUUGUUGAUUUGUUGAAUUAAUGAUUUGUUGUGCCAGAAAUCAUACUUCGAGGGAUUAGUGUAGUAUUUUUUCUGAAAGGAAAUUUUAUCUUUAUGGUAAUUUAAUGAAGGAUUUUUUUGGAUUUUCGAGGAAUUUUCCCGAUAUAAUUGAAAAAUAUCAGGAAAAACGGAAAAUAUAUGAAAUGUAGGUAUUAGUAAAAAAAAAUAUUACGGUCCUUUUUUUCCUGUGAACAACUUUUCUACCAGCAAUUUUACUGGAGUGGUACUUGAAGAAGGCCAUUUUUUUAUUUUUCUAGGAGUUUUCCUAAUAAACGGAAAAAUAAAUACAAUAUUAAUUGAAUAAUAUUAAAGAAAAUAUGUGGUAUAUUUCAUGUUAAUUUUUUAUCAUAAUGUAACAUAUAUAUUAUAUAUUGUUGACAAAGCAACAUUAUUAACCGAACUCUGCUCAGAAUCGUUUUUUGUUAGCAAUGGUUGAUCGUUACGUACAUAUAUGCAUUCAAUUUCCCCUUUACCUUCCCAACUUCUCACCUAAAACAGUGGCCCACCCACAUGCGAAGUAUGUUCGUCUUUUUAAGUUUAAAUCUCGUUAUUAUAAUUAAAUUAAUUGAUGUCGCUUAAAUUAUUUCGGUGAUUAAUCAUUUAAUUAUCUUUCUUAAAUCUUUAAAGUAAUAGUUCCAUAAUAUUAAUAUAAUACAUAAUAUACACAUUACAUAUCUACUUGUAUACGUACCUACGUAUGGUAUUUUAACCGGUAUAGGAUGUCUAAAAUAAAUCACACUUAGUUUUUUCGUGGUGUUUAAGGUAAGACGAUGUUUGCAAGCGUAGAGACCGGCUUUGAUACGCAUAUUAACGUAUUUCAAAAUAUUAGCUCGUCCUAAAAUUUUGGAAAAUUUCCCUCUAUGGUUUACACUGCGAUAAUUAUUACUAUGUAACUAACGAGAAUUUAUAAUCGAAUAGUCUAAUGUAUCUAUUGAUUAUAAUGAUAAUAAUUGUUUGACAUUUUCGAGCUAUCGUAAAAAUAAAGAUAAACAAAGAUAAAUGACGAAAAAAGCUCCGAUUUAAUACAGUUCACGCUUAAUUGCGUAUAAAAUACUGGUAUUAUUAUUUUUACCCGGUUGCUGGUAUGUAUAAACAUUUCGGGAAAUUCGAAAAAUGACCUGUCCAAAGUGGUACCAUCUGCGUUAAAUUACCCGGUCGGUAGGUGUAUGAGUAUCUAUUAAGCCGACGAUCGAUGAAACUUUUUGCAGUUUUUUUUUUUUAUUAAUAUUAUUAUAUACUGGUUUAAAAACUAUUUUCCGGGGAAUAAAAAAAAAAAAAACCGAAUAUAGCUCAUUAUUCGUCCCACAUAUACACAGAACACAAUAUAAUAUCGUAAUUUACUGCUCUGUGCGUUUAUUUUAUUUUUAGACUGUCUCGUUUUGAUUUAUAAUAACGAUAUUAUUAUUUUUAUUGCUAUAAUAUUAUUACCCAUUGUGUAUUGUAUAAUAUUAUAUAUCAUCCGUUAUGUUGUAACUCACAGAAUAUUAUCUACAACAGUCACCUAUACGCAUCACAUACACGGGCUUGUGGCAGUUUUAAUAUUCGGUGGCGAGUAUUUUUUUAUUUAUACGAGGUCAAGAGAUUGUUUAUUCUAUCAGAGGCGUAGCAGAGAUAGCUUCCUUGGCAUUUUAAAGUGGUGAUGUUUUAAUCACGGCUAUAGUCUAUAAUAUAGGUAAUGAAAUACAAUAGUAUUUUUAUAUCCGUGGUACAUUACAAUUAUUAAAUUGCUCCCCCCCCUUUUUGAUUGAGCUCCGCUUCCGCCACUGUAUUCUGCCCACACAACUACACAAUUAUUGUCAAUCUUGUAUGAACAAAUCGGUAGUUAAAUGUUGAUAGUAAGUUAUUACUUAAAAAUUACUAUUCUAUGGUUCUACACUUUUAUAUCUCCGACCGAUCACUAUCAACGACCAAUCCAUCAAUUUCGUGGGCGUAUUCUGGGUGUCACUGGCAAUAAUAUCUUUAUAUAAAUACACUAUUUAAGAACAAAAAACACUGCGUUUACAUUUUUAUGAACAAAUUUGAUCAGUUUGCUAGAUAAUUGAUUUUUCUGUUUGUAAACAAGUUUUUGAUUAGAACUCACCAACUUUAGAACUCAGGGGUGAUGGUUUUUGGAAUUUUGGACCUAGUUGGUGCAUUAAAUAGGUUAUUUUUGGAAAUAUUAUCUAAUUUUUCAAAUAAUGGAAAAAUUUCGGCUAAAUUAAGUGAAAAAUGACCAUAGAGAUUCAACAAUUUCAUAUUCAUAUACUUAUACUUGAUAUUUUCCAUAUUUAUAUUAUUAAUUAAUUAAAUUCUGGUGUUUUUUGAAUUACUUAUAGCUAUUUAAAAUUGUUGGUGGAUAUAAAUUAAUGUGUAUUUUGGCGUCAUACAAACAAUCGUCAAUUUGAUCCAGGGUUAAAAAUAAUUUAUUCUCGUGGUAAUAUAAAAGAGCAACAUAGUCACCAUUUUGUGUACAAAUAAUUGUAAUUAUUACUAUAACUAUUGUGAUUUGAACGUAAAAACCCUUUUAAUACAAUUUCGUUAGAGUUUUAGAAAACAUUAAAAAUUGUUGCUUGCAUAGGUUUUUUAAAUUUAAUAUACUGAAAGUGAAUAAUUUCCUAAGUUUAGUAGGCAUACAUAAAAAAUGCGAGAGUAUUUUUUUUUUUAUAUUAUUGACCCAACGUUUAUUAUUUUUAAACAUUUUAAAGUUUAUUUAAGAGGAAUGAAAAGCCAGAACAAUUAUUAUUAUUAUUUUAUACCGUCGACAUAUUUUAACGGCUGUACCGAAUUCCUUUACAUUUUAAAUACAUAAUUUUAAAUAAUAUAUAUACAUACAAGACAGAAAUAAUAUUAUUACCCUCUUUCGCAGUAUACAGGUAGUAUAUAAAAACGAAAGAAUUUUUUCGAAAAUUAUAAAACCUAAAACAAACGAGAGAAAAAAAAUAAACAAUUUUGUCUUUUAAAAAAUAUAGAAAAAAGCUUAACGAGUUCAAUUUGUUUUUCGAAAUUAAAAUUGGACUACCUUCCAAUAAUAUGUUUAUUUUUCACCAGCUAUUGAUCUUCGUCCAAAUUCAUGAAAAAUCUAAUCGCUUAGAAUCGUUUUGAAACGAAAAAAAAAAUCAACUAGAUUUAAAAUUAUUAUUUAUAUUAUUGUUAUUUGAAAUGCGAAUAGUAUUGUUAAAAUGUAUUUAGUGGAUUGGUAAUGGUGUAUGUUUUCGUUCAUUUAGAACCAAAAUGUCGGAUAAAAUUGUAGGAAUUAUCCUAGGCGGAUUUCAAUUUUGAAAACGGAUAUGAUUCUCUAGGUUAUUUACUAUUAGGACAUUUAGGAAAUCGAAAUUUAAUUAUUUUACUGAAAAUGGUAAAAAAAAAUCAUGAUUUUAUUUUUGAAAAAAUUUUCGAAAUGUAUCUGAAUAAUUUUUCCUGUUACUUAAUAUGAUAAAGAUAUUAAAAUUAAAAAUCUAAGCGUAUCGUAGUUCAAAAUGCAGUGAAUCACAAUACAGUUUCAAGGAUUUGGUUUUUUUGUAAACUAUACGAAAUUGGAGAAAAUGGAAAAUCGUCACCAAUGUAUAUAUUAAUACUAUACUUAAUACCUAUACUUAUGUAGUCAUAUAAGUGCUUUUAAAACAUCUUGUAGAUAUUUCGCCAUUUCAGAGACCUUUCUGUGUUUAUAAUAUUGAUGAUAAAAACUUUUGUACAGGUAGACUAUUAAUUUUUUGCAGUCUUUUGAAGUUCCCGGAUAUUACAAUUUAAAACGUUUUUUGCAUUCGUCAACUAUUAUAGUAGAAACUUUUAAACGAUUAUUAUUUAUCUAACUAUAUAUAAUUACAUCAAAUCGAAGAAUAAAUUAUUUAAUUUAUUUUUUUAUUCGUUCAUAGCAGACGUUUAUCUAAAAUGCACAUUGCACACAAUGGAAUGGUCUAAGAUAUAAACUUAGUCUGCUUAGUCUAUGUUAGAAUCCCGGUCAAUCUUAAUCCAUGGUGCACUGCAUACGUAUUAUACAAAAGGCUUAUUUUAAACUUUGAAAAAAUACGAAAUUCUGAUUAAAUUCUAUUUUUUUGUAAAAACAAUACAAUUUCAGGAGUAAAAAGAUAUUUGCAAAAGAAAAGAAAAAUACUAUCAUGUAACAUUGGAAACAUGUAUUUCAAUAGUAGAUCAUCGGUAUUACGUAUCUAUAUAAUUUGUAUACCGUAUUUUUUAAUUAAAAUUAUAAAUUACAGGUCGGUAAACUCAACAAUGAAUUACUUUUUUAUACUUUUUUUUAACAUCAUUAAAUUAUUUCAGUGUACUAUACAUAUUUUUGAAAUAACGAUCUCACACCCUUCAAUAAUAUUUUCCUUUAGAUAGGUAUCGACUUUCAAUUUUAAAAUGGUAAUUUAUGCGUAACAUAAUUUUUAAUAUUCAUAAUCGCGAUUAUAUUUCUGAUAAUAUCGGUGUACACUGUAUAUUAAUCAAUAUUUAUUGUUUAUUUUUUUUUUUAAUUAUAAUAAUUGUAUGUUUAUAGUUUAUUGAUGCUAAAACGAUAAAUGACGAGGACGAAGAGUACAUAUUAUCUUUUGUUUUUAGAUUUUUCUUUACGGGUUUUAUAAAUUCGAUUUUCACAAAUAUUUUGUAAUAUUAACAAUAAAUUCAAGUGUCCGGUAUUAGAUUUAUACCGAAUAUGGUAUAGGGAAGGAGGUUAAAAUCAAUAUAAUUACUGUAUUGAUUAUACUUGUUAAUUAUAAUUCCUGUAUUUUUCUUCUUGUGAAAUAUUUUUUUAAAUUUUUAUCAUUCCUGUAAUUCUUUGUUUCUAAAAUUAUCGUAAUUAUCGUAAGAAAAAUCGUUUCUUACGUUUCUUUCGUAUUUAAAUCCCUGUAAAUUAUCAUUCCUGAAUUUAAUAGUUUCUGGCUUUGACUUUCCUGAUUCUGUUAGCCCUUCUAUAACUAUCCGACAGUAUAAUAUUAGUGAUAAGUGGUAACUGUAAUACGACAUUCCACUUGAAUAAUAUUAUAUUUUGUUCAAUUAUAAAUGAACAACCAUUAUAAUAUUAGUUUUAUAUUCAAUAUCUCACAGUAUUUGAUAAGAAGUUAGAAAUAUAUGUAUACAAAAAAGUUUUCGUAUUAUUUAUUUUCAAUUUUUUUUUUUUACGGCCAGGACGGCACUUAAACAAACAGGAUUUGGAAUUUAAUAAAAACCGAAUACAAUAGAAGACGUGGGGUGCACGGAGUUAGUUACGAUAAAAACACUGUCAAAUACACAUUUUAAAAUUAAUUUUUCUGGGACCGAGUCAAAAAAUCUUCAGUAAAACUGUAAAACUGUUGAAGAUAAAAUACUUUGACGAUUUUAAUAAAUCAUUAUUUUUUUCACGAUAGUAGUUUAGUAACUACAUCGAGUAACUGAGUUUAGUUAACAUUUUUCAGAAAAAUAUCAACUAAAGUUUAAAUAAAAUUGCCCUUAACUACACGCAUAAACGUAUUUUGAACUAUAUCUAAUAAUAUUAUCAAUACUUUUAUAGGUAUAAGUAAUAAUAAACGUAUAUUACUUACGGCUAUAAUAUGUAUUUUGCAACAUUUAAUAUUGGAAGUGUAACAAACUGACCAACAACAUAAAAAUAAAUCGCCAGAUAAUAACUUAAGUUAAUAAUAAAUUAAUACAAUAAUAUUGAACAUUUUUGUGAAAAUGAGACGCAGAUCUUAUAAUAGAUCGGUAUAAUCGCGCCUGAUGUGAGACGUCUGGUUACACUAUGACGUCUUAUUAUGUAGUAAUGAUAGCCAUGUCAUAUAUGCCAGAGAUACAUAGUUUUCGUGGAAAUAUAAACGCAAAAAAAACGUUUCAUACGAAAUUUUUUUUGUAAAUAACGUUUUAAAUAAUUUAAAUUUUAACAAAACAACUAAGUGAAUUUAAUAGUAUGUUCUAUUUUUUUUUUAACUAGUUAAAUAAAAAGUUAUCAAAAAAGUAAUUUACACCUUUAACUUUUUUAACUAGUAUUAUUGGCUAGCUUUGCCGAACAGCCGUAAAUGUGUUCAGAUACGUGCUUUUGGUUUGUCGUAAUCGAUAUUUCGUCGAUUGUUUCAAAAUCCGUCCAGUUUCUGCAAUAAUAUAUUAUAACCGUUGCUGGUUAUGAAACAAACAAUACUACCAAUAGGUACCCGGUACGUACUAUUAAUAAUAAUGCUGUUUAACGGUGUUUGUUGAGGGUAUCCUAUAUGUAAUUUACAGUGCACAAUGCACAUAGCUGAAACUCCCUCUAAACCGCGCCUUGUGUGUUCGUAGGAUAGUUACGACACGGAGCAAACACUGCAGAACAACGGGUGUAUUGGCCAGACACAUGCGAGUAUUUCGCGUGAGUAGGGUAGACGCAAAUUUAGGAAUACUCAGUCGAAGAAAAGAUAUUAUUAUUAUAGUUUCCGAUAGUAUAAAAGUAUAAAACUAUAGGUACAUGCCAUUAAAAUAUUUAUUAGUUAACUAAACAAAAACAAACAACAUACUUACAUACUUUAACAUACUUAAACAACGCACACCCAUCGUGCGACAUACUUCGCACGAUGGGUGGGCCACCGUUGUAGGUGAGAAGUUGGAGAGAUAGAGAGAGAAUUUAAAGUAUAUCCUUUACGCAAAUCAUUGCUAACGAAAAACAAUUCUGAGCGUAGUUUGGUUACACAUGUUUUGAAAGGCCGUAAUAUAUACGAUUUUCCCGUUUUUCCUACGGUUUAUCUCAAUUUUUUUCAUUUAUUAUGAAAACCCCCAGGAAAAUAAAAAAAUUACCUCUUCAAAGUACCACCUCAAUCCAAUUCCCUUGUAGUAAAAGUGAUACACUUGAAAAUCGGAGCAAAAUUUCUGAUAGAAAAGUUGUAAAAAAAAAAAAAAUAUCACCGUAAAACCAAUACAUUUCUCGCUCCGUUCAGAACCUAAAAAAACUGAUACUGCUGAUUAUCGUGCUACCGCUGUUGGGAGGAAAGUUGAAAAGGAGGAAUUUAUAUAUUUUUUACUAAUAGAUUAAUCUAAUUUAUAUACAUAUACAUAUGCAACGAUAAACUUUUGCUACGAGAGUGUCACAUUAGUUGUAUUUUUUUCCUUGUUACCAAGAUAAUCCAGAAAUCAAUAAAUUUAUACAAACACAUUUACGGGUUUUCUCAAUUUGUUAAGAAAAACUACAAGAAAAAUUAAUAAGUGUCUAUAUCAGAUCACCAACCAUAUAAUAUUUAAAGCUACAAGAAAGUUCCUGAACAUUUUUGAUUGGAGCAAUAUUUCUGGAAAAUAGUGACGGGCAUAAUCGAAUUAUUUCAAUAAUCUAAUUAUUAGUAAUUAAUACACUUUCAUAAUCGACAUUCUCGAAAUUUUAUUAUUUGUAUAAUGAUUCGGAAUAAUAUUAUUUAUUACUCGAAAUAAUCAAUUGAAUAAAACUAUCGAUAAAUCAUAAUCCCAUUUUGUAAUAUUAUUUUGUAUUAUUUAAAACAAAUAGGUAUCGAAUAUCAUCUGUUCAGUGCAAGUAAAAAAUCAAAGAAUAUUUAUUUUAAUUACACUGACCGAGUUUAUCUUUACUGUUUUGGAAUAUUUUAUUUUACAGAAAAGCGUUGUGUACAAAUAAUAAAGCAAUAACGUGCACAACGAUAAUAAUGUACUGUACCAUAAUCGAAAUAUUAUAAAUAAUAAGUAAUGAGUAAGUACUGAUAACUUAUACUAUUCAUUAAAUUAUUUACCAAUUUCGGUGAUGCUAAAAUUAUAGACCCACGGAGGCAACGCCUCAAUAAUCCUCUUUGCACGAUACCUAUAAUAAGUAACUUGCACAUUUCAUUUACAAUUUUUUAUAUACAAAUAUAUCAUAAUUUUUUAGCUUUAUUUUGUAUGAACAUGCAUUGUCUGCGGGUAAUCUGUAUUUUGUUCUGCUUAUUAAUUAUAUUGGUAAAAUAUUUAUUCGAUAUUAUAUAGAAAGACUUAUUGGGUAUUUUUGAGAAUAAUAGUUUUAAACUCGGGGGUACUAAAGACCUUCUAGCACCCUCCUAGUUGUACCUAUAUUAUUUACGUUCAUUGAAUUUUUGGGCUUUGGAUUAUAAACUAUAAUGAUAAUGUUCCGAAUAAGGUACCUUUGAGUAGCCGAGUUACUAUAAUUCCAGUGAAAAAUCCCUCGGUUACAAAAUCGAUUAUUAUUUUAAGAAUCGAAAUACCUGGAUUAUUUUCACUCGAAUAUGUCCAUCACUAGUAGAAAAGUUGUUUACAGACACAAAAUAAAAAAAAAAUGUAUAGUAAACCCAAUACAUAUUUUGUUUAGUUCAGAAUUUUAAAUGACUUAAUAAAUUAUAAUUUUUAAAAUUCAUCGGAUAUAAUGUUUUCAUUUGGAUUUUCCAUCGAGCAUAAGCAUUCCCAAAAGCUAUUAUUUUAGUAAAAAAUAAAAUAAAACUUCUAAACUAACUAAUUUGUCACUGAUUUGAACAAUACGUAUACAGCUAUACGUAUAUUUCAACGACAAUAAAUUAUUAUCAUUUUUAAGUGGUUUCUCAAUCUAAAAACUGAAUAAUAUUUAAAUAACGGAUUGUCCGUUGACAAAAUGUCGAAUAUCCGAGAUCGAAUUCAACAUACGUGUUCAACAUUUUCGGUGAGGGAUUGUCAAAGUGGGGGAUGGGGAAGGAUAUACGUAUACCUCCGUUGUACGUAUAUCAUAUUAAUAUACGACAUACGUUUUGGCGUGUAAACACUAAGUGUGUUGUUAUGUAUUCGAUGAACAUGGACAGGACAUGGUUUCGAUUAUCGAGCGAUUUCGCCGGGUGUUUCGAAUUUGAGUCCACCACGCCAAAUAUGUUUGUGUGUAAAACAAUAUGUAUAGGCGUGAUAGGUUACCGUACACGAUGGCUUUACCAGCCAUUAAUUUUAAUAAUUUUAGGCACGUCUCUGAGGAGGGGAUGAAAGUUACGAUCCCACCAUUUUGUGUCGCAUGAUAGUUCCAUAUUUCACAAUAUUAUAUCUAAAGCUUGCAAUCAUUAGUUAUAAUUUCAAGGAAAAUAAUUUGGUGACCAAUAAAUGUUUCAUGUCUUAAGUAUAAGUGGAUAUUUAAAACUUUUUUUUUUUUGAGGGGGGGGAGGGCUGAAAUAUCUGGGGCCGUAUAACAUGAUUUUUAACAAAACUUACUUCGCGGGAAAAAUGUUCAUGCCUUUAAUUUUUUUUUUUUAAAGAGGAUGUCAUUUCGGAGUUCAAAGUGACGUGUACAAUUUUUCUUUGAAAUAAUGAAAAAAAAGUAGUAUUGAAAUUGAAACGUAUUGCGAAGCGUGGAGUUUUUUGUGCGAAGUAAUUUUCAAGCAGUAAUGAAAAAAGUCUUAUCUUUUAGGUUACACAAUUUAUUGGAGACGAUUUCGGAAAUUGGCUCCGACAGCAUUACAAUUCAGUAAUCGUAAUGCUGGAUUAUUAUAUAAAAUAUAUAUUUUCAGAGGAAAUUUUGAUAGUUUUAGUGGGCUAGGUAUUCUUAGCCUCUCCAAUUUUCACCUAUGGCACUCUUACAAACAUUUUCAUCCGUGUCUUAGCCCUUCUAUCCCUCGUGUGAUUGACCCGAAUACGUGCUGAAUAAUGAUAGAUAAUAAGAAUAAUAUUUAUACAGGGUGUUUCAGAAAAGUUUUUGUGAAAUACAAUUCAUUUUUAAACAGAGUGUAUUAAGGGUCUCUCUACGGACAUAAUUUGUUUUCCCUGUCUGUCUCGCGCGUAAUAUAUAGCAGCUAAUACAUGUCACACUUUAACGAUUGCGAUUCUACAGUUGAGUUUAUGGCAAAGGCCAUAUAUUAUAUAUCUUACAAAGAAAAAGAUAUUUGCUGUAUCUUGGUCGAAUUGGUUUUUUAAUAUACUUUUACCGUGAAAAAUAUACCAUGUUUAAAUUUAACACGAUUUCUCUGGAUUUCAACCUUUAAUAACUUAUUAAGAAAAAAGAUAAGACUAAAAACAAUACCCUCUUAUUUAUACAAUGUAUAAUAGGUCUCGUUGCCCUAAACUCGACCGGAAAGUCGUAAUAUUGUCGAAUUCGGAAUAUAUUUGUUAUUAUAUUACGCGUAUAAGCCUCUUAAUUGGUUUUGGUUAUUAUCAGUAUAGGUAUGUAAAAAUUGUGUAAAUUAAUCAGGUACAUCAAAUGACGACUUAUAAUAAUUGCACCGCGGUUUUUCUCACAGAGUGCUCGUACAAUCAAUCGAUUAAUCGUAUCUACCGAUAUCUAUUUAUUUGGGCGAUACCAACGUCAAAAACACGCGACAGGGUGUAAAAAGAUAAAAAAAAAAAAAUCAAACAAAACACAACUGUGUCGCAUAUCGAUUCGUGUAAGAAUACAACGGGAAAUACAAUUUGAGUGUUCAGUUGUUAACGUUCGGGAUAAACAUAAGUCGUGAAAGCUCGGGUUUCGGAGGUGUAAAAAAAAACUCCCGAAAAUUCGGACACCCCGUCGAGUCUCUGAGUACCCGGCUACGGUUUCCUUGUUCCGGCCGACCGUCUCGGAAACAUCCCGUGAAACGAAAAAUGAAAUGAUCGAUCUUUUUUUUUCGUGGGGGGGGAGAAGGGUUGUUCUGGUACGUGCUCGGAAGAGGCAAUGCUCCCUGAUAUUAUACUCGGAGACGGGGACGGGAAAACGGUCGGCCGUCGCGAUAUACGUGGGUGUGUGUGUGUGUGUGUGUGUGUACCUCCUACUCCGCGCUUGCCGGACGCUGAAAAACGAGAUAGUAACGUGACUCACGUGCAUAAAAUACGGACGGGCCGGUGUGUAUAAGAGUCUAGGUCCGUGACGUCGUCGUCGGAGAGUGCGUUGCUCGGAGCUUUUCGCGCGCGGACGGCGGCGGCGGGUGGCCGAGGACGCCGCCGCCGACAGUGUGAGCCAGGCCCGAGCUCCGGACGACGCGCCGUCGCCGCGCCGCCGCCAGUCCGGACCGAGUACGCCGCGCGCGUAUAUUGCAACGUGUAGCGCGGGAAAAGCAGUAGCAGGAGCACACACACACACACACACACACACGCGCGCGCGCGCGUAUACACAUUCGUAUACGUACACUUAUAUAUAUAUAUAUAUACACGGGGUAACACGCACAACAACGCAAUCGAUGAGUUCCGGUGACGUCACGGACUUGCGUUUCCUCUUCCGAACCCUCUUCGCCGCGUAAGCCGCACGGCCGUCGUCGUGGUGACGGUCGGCACCGGCGGCUGCAGCGGGGAGGCGGCCGCGGAAGGCCCCCGUCGGUUAUGACAUCAUACGCGCCGUAACCGUCAGCCGCUCCCCGUCGGCCGACGAACGCCCGCGACCAACGCGAUAAUACGGAUUCCGGGGCGGCCAAUUGAAUCGGACCCGGCGGGGCGGCGGAGUGAUCCGAUCGCCUCGUAUUCCUUUGUACUCCGGUGGCGCUGGGGUGUGUGUGUGUGUGUGUUUGUUGAACGCUGGAGGUGACAGUGGUGGCGACAGCGACUCGUUGGAUUUUCCUAGUAUUUUUGCGCGCGGCGGCGACGGUGGCACCUGUGGAUAGAUAAUAAUAAUAAUAAUAAUAAUGAAAAUAAUAAUGAUAAUAAUAGAUUUUUCGUUCGUAUAUAAUUUUUUUCUCCGGCCCGUUAUUCCAUGUACGUAGUAUGAAAAAUCACGGCAAAGUCGACGGUCAUCAAUACAAUAAUAUCCCUAGUCUUCUCAAUCUUCUUCGUGCGUCGGUUAGCGGUAUUUAAAUUUCAGAUUUCCCUCUUCUCCCGGAAAUCAAUCGUUUUGAUUGCGCCGUGUUUUAGCCGUUUUCCUAAAAAUCCAUCAUUUCCUUUUACUUGUAGCAUUGGACAUUCCAUUAAAUGCCCUGUCGUUUGCACAUUUCCGCACUCAUCGCAGUCCGCGUCAAUAGUUAUUCUCCGUUUGUGCAUGUUUUCUUUCGCCCUUUCUACUUCCGAUCGUAUUCUGUUGAUAGUCUUCCGUGUGCAUUAAGCUAGGUCACGUCCUGGGGUGAGGGGUUUCUUUCGGACGCCCCCAUAAUGUACUUUUAUCGUUAUCAGUGACUCGUUACAUAUAACGUAAUAUAUGCAAGGAUCAGGACUCGGAACAACCGAAGCCUAAGUAUUUGAUCGUUCGAUAAACGAUAGCAGCAGUGGGGUAGUUUAAUUUCCAUACAGAUCGUCCGGUGUCAUCGGUUUAGAAGACGAAACGAAAGCCUCUAUCGGACUGUAGUUUAUCAAAAUUUACGGUUGAACGGUCGGCAAAAAAAAAUGUGCGCGUAUUAGGAAAACGACGAAGAACAAAGACUUUAGGAUGUAUAGAAAUGAAAUUAAGUUGCGACAUUAGAGCAGCGACUGAACGGAAACCAGACGGAAGAAGAUCCGCGGCGGAGGCCGAAAAAACGACGGACAAACGGAAUACAACCAAGACCCGAAGAGAAUGCGAGAAAAAUACGAGAAAAAGAUCCAGGGCCGUCGAUUGUCGAAGAGGGCGGUGGCGGUUAAAAUCCGUACACAUCUACAGAUUACAUGACGAUGGGUGACGGAUGUCGAAAACCGCCUUCCGUGUGGUAACCGCGUGUGUGACACCUGACUACACAGUAUUUACCAUGUGUAUACCGAAACAUGCCAUUUACCGUGGACGCGCAUUUUCCGAAAACGGCCGUAACGGCCGACGCAUUUGUAAAUAAAUAUAAUAACAUUGGUUUUGUGUCGCCCGGACGUCCGCAGACGCUCGUUUGCCUGUAAUUAAUAAACGUUUACGGGUUUUCCGUCCGUCAUUUUCGCUGUCGCGGCCGUCGCUUUUUCAAUACUAUAGGUUUUUUUUUUUUUUUUUUUUUUUUUUUUUUUAUUCGUUUUUCUCUCCCGAAAAAUAGAUAUGAUAUUAUAAAAUGGGACGGGAAACAUAAUGCCGAAAACAAAAAACUUAAUAUACGCGGCACAUAUUAUUAUGUAGCCGUGCAUAACUAACGGAUAAAAAUAAAAACAAAAAAAAAAAAAAAAAAAAAAAAAAAAACGAUAUUUUUUCUCCGCUCGGAAACUGCCUGCCAUUUUGCCGGCCGUCUCAGAUUACGUUUAUGCCGGCGCGCGGAGGUGGACGGGAAAAAAGAAUUUUUAUUCGGCGUACGUUGUGAAGGGACUUCUAUAACGGCUUUUCCACGUGUAUAUAUAACGCCGUCGUUGGGCCGCGGGACACGGAAAAUACAUAUAUAUGUAUACACACACACAUACACACGAGCGGAGAAAAGCGACAAGAGAAAAGUGUAUAUACGCGGCUAUAAUGACUACCCCGGGGAAAAACAUUGAAAGAUAAAAUUUCCAAAGAAAAAUAUGUCUGGGGCGACGUAGUAUAAUACGAGUAUAUAUACGGGCUGAAAAUGGAAAAUAUUUGACAACGGAUAAGUAAACACCGCAUAGCCGCCGUUGUUUUUUUUCUCGAACAACGCCAAUUUACAGAUGACGGAGUAAUAAUAAUAAUAAUAAUAACAAUGAAAUAAUAUACGGUACUACCCUGGUUUUGCCCGUGCAUACGUAUUGAGCGCGCAAAUAUUAAGACAACUAAAAGAAACAUAAAAAAAAAAAACCACUACGUUAUUACGCUUGACAAGUACAAUACUUAUGAUAUGAAACCUCGCGUUGAAUUUUUCCGGUUUUCGCCAAUUAUUUAGAAAACAACAAGGAAUAUCGACAAAUGACAUACUGGUAAAAUUUGUUUUCAGAAAACACGAUAAACUUGAAAAUCGGAGCAAUAUUUCUGAUUAUAAUAGUCGUUAACAGAUAGAAAUAUAAAAAAGCUGUCCUAGGAUAAUGGGGACGGGUGCAGCCACUAUGGUAGAUGGGAAGUUGGGAAGGUAAGAUGUAGACGAAAAUUUAAUAUAUAUCUGUAUGCAACGAAAAACCAUUGCUAACGAAAAAACGAUUCUGAGCGAAUUUCGGUUGAUAGAAUUUCUUUAUUCAACAAUAUCUGGUCAUUUUAUGGUAAAAUAAUUACAUUUAAAAUUUUUUAUGAUAAUACCUACGUGUUUAAAAUUGUACCUAUUUUACCGUUUUUCCUAGUUUUUUUCCUGGUUUCCCAUGUUUUUCUCGGUUUUUUUCCAUUUAUUGAGAAAAUCAAAUUUUCCUUUUAGAAAAAGUGCUAUCGUUGUGUAUUGGAGCAAACUUGCUGGUAGAAAAUUUAUUCACAGAUCAAAAAAAAAAAAAAAAAUAAAAUAAUAAACAUCAUUGUAAAACCAAUACAUUUUUCGCUGCGCUCUGAAUCUAAAAAUUAAAAUUAAACCAAACCGUAUCUCACUGCGGUAACAUGAUUAUAUUAUCAAGUUUGUUAAUAUUUUUUCUAUCACAAAUCUCGCACUGAUUAUCAAGUAGUAUCAAGUAGUAGUAUCUUUUUUGAAAACAAAUUUUUAAUUAGGAAAAACUGAAAAUAUUUUGUAUAAUAUUGUUGUUAAUUUAUGGGUUAUCUUAGUAACACGUGGGAAAAAUAGCUGAUACAUGGGGUUGGGUAUGGCGACUAUUGUAGGUGAGUAGUUGGGAAGGUGGGAUACGUAAAGUUAUUUAAUUUAUAUCUGUAACGUUGGUAACGCGAUGAACCAUUGCUUAUGAAAAAUAAUUUGGAGCGCAGUUCGGCUACACAAUAUAUAUUGAAAGGUCGUAUAUAUUUACGAUUUUCGUCAACUUUUGAUAUAAAAACUCUUAUGAAAAAAAACUACAUUAUACUCAUUUUUUUUUUGACCACUUAGUAUUACUUUAAAUGAACCUUCUGUCAAAUUUUCCAGCAUUUCUGUUUAGUAUAGCAAUUUUAUCCACAGCAUAUCUACCAAAUAAAAUUUACGUAAAAACUCGCAAAAUUAAAAUAUUUAUAAAUAGCUUAAAAAUUACUCAAAUAUUUUGAAAAUGCUUGGAAAAUGAAAAUAUUAGUUUUCUGUCGAAAUUUCAAGACUUAACGAAUAUUUUUUACUAAAAUAAAUUAAAAAAACAAAAUUUAAAAUAAUAAACAAUUAUUUUCGUAAAUUUUCCCGUUUUUUCUACGUAUUUUCCAGUUUUACCGAAUUAAUUAAAAAACUAUAAAGAAAAUCGAAAAACGACUUUCAUAGUUAACAAUAAAAUUAAAAAUUCAACAAUACAGAUACCUUGGUGUUUUUUUAUUGAAGCUAUUUCUGGUGGGAAAAUGGAAAUCGUAAAAAUUUAAAAUAAUGAAUGCGUAACGCCGUAAAUUUGACAGUUUUUAUUUUUCGUAAUUUCUCAGUUUUUAUCAAUUAUUAAAAAAAACUACCAAAAAACAACUUCCUCACUUAUCAACUAGAUUAAAAAUGCAUCAAAAAAUUUCUUUUGUCAUUUUUGUUUUGGAUCAAUAUUUAUAGUAUAAAUUACAACCCGUAAAUAUUUUAAAUAAUGAGAUCGUUGCGCCGUAAUUUGAAAAAAAUCUAAAAUACAAGCUUAUAUGUUUAGAACCGUUUUUUGUCGUAAUAGUUUAUUGUUGUCUACAGAUAUAAAUUAAAUUUGUCUAUUAUAUUGAAGAACAUUACUUAAUUAAUUUUAAGAACUUGUUUUUUGACUAUUUAGGAUGUUAAUAUUUUCCAAGACAAUGAGUGUCUUGCGUUAUAUUGAUCACUCUAUGAAUCCUUUUUAACAUCCCUCUUAAAACAUUGGGUGUUACACCCAUCAACAGUAUCUGCCUUAUUUUUGAUUUUGUUUUAAAAUAAUCGUAGAGAUUUGAAUUUUACACAAAAUUAACUUUUUUUAGAUGUUGUAUUAUUUUAAAAACAUUCUGUUGAUUUUUAAGUUAUUUAUAUGCAUUUACAUUUCGAAAUUUUAUAUUUCGAGUGGAACGAAGAAGCUUAUGGUUUUACAAAGAUGUUUAUUAUUAUUGUUUUUUUAUCUGUGGACAAUUUUCUACCAGAAAUCUUACUCUGAUUUUUAAGUGUAGUAUAUUUUCUGAAAGGAAAUCAGAUUGGGGAGUUACUUUAAAGAUGUUAUAUUCUUCCCAAGAAAUGAGAAAAACCGUAAAAAUGGGAAAAAUGGCAAAAUAGGUACAAUAUCAAACAAAUGUUAGCAAAGUUAAUAUAUAAUACCUAUGUAAUUAUUUUAUGGUUAUAUGGCAUAUAUAUUGUUGAUAAAGCAACUACAUUAUCAACUGAACUCCGUUCAUAAUCGUUUUUCGUUGGCCUUCGCAAUUUGUUUAGUUUUCAUUUUAUUUUUUGUGGAUAAAAAUACUGUUUUGGCCGAGUGGAAAUGAUUGAAAAUUGAAGAAAUGAUUUAUCAUACGUUGUACUUCGUGGUCAAAAACAAAUUUGAGAUUAUUGUAUUAGGUAUUUAUCUUAUAAUCGAUUUGAGUUCAAUUUUUUCUUUUAAUAAUUUCAGUACUACUUAGUACCUAAACGUAGUUCAUCUUUUGAAUAUAGGUAUACGUGUUAGUUGAAUGAAAAUUGACAGUAUCGCAUAUGUGGUUUUUAUUAUAUUUUGGAUUAUAAAAACUUCGAAAUUUCGUUAUAACAUGUUAUUUUCUCGCGGGGAAAUGCAUUAUAUGCGUCAUAUAGGGACAAGUAUUACAAACAUAUUGAAAAAACUUCCAAAGCGAUUUCAUUCACUAGAAUCUUUUAUUGCAGCGAAUAUCGUGUGAUGAUUUAUCGCUAUAAAUAUUAAAAACGACAACAUUCCCCUGUCAUACCUAUCCGUCAAACGAUCCCAUUCCUUCAUUUGAAAAUAAAUAAGAUUAACAAGUAUAUAUUUUUCGUAAAUAUAUAACAUCCAUAUCGCAAAUAGAUUAAAUUUACACCGUACCCUGAUUAUUUAUUUUACGAUUAAAAUAUUAUUAUGAAUUUGUGGUUUCGGUACCGACGGUAAUAAUGUAUAUACAAAAUGCGAAUGAUAUACUAAUGUCGGCGGUAGGUAGAUUACCUAUACACGUAGAUUAACGUUUAAUAUAAAUAUACCUACCAUGAUACAUAAUAAAUUGUAUUUUAAGUAGGGCUGUGUAAUGCACUAAAAACACUUUUGAAUACGCAUUUUAAUUUCCAAAAAACUAAUUGCAACGUAAAAAAAACUCCCGUGAGCAGCAUAGCUCCGUUACUAUAGAGUUAAAUUUUCUCUCAUUUUCUCGCCUAUUUCGUAGAGAGAUAUUUUAUGUAAAACAAUAAAUAACCGAAUUCUAUAACAUUGCAAUAUAGUGUAUUAACAUACUGAAAUAUGUAUACUAUUCAAAACUAAUGUUGAAAUUUGCAUAUUUAUUAAAUAGUUGGGGUAGAAGUUGAAAGUUGUUAACCUCAAAAGCACAUCCUUGACACUAAUGCAAUACAUAUGCUGCUCAAGAGUGUUUUUUUAAGCUGCAAUUCCUUUUUCGAAAUUAAAUGUUUUUUUUUUUUUUAAAAGUUUUUAGCGCGUUAAAUUCAUGGUCCUAAUUAUAAACAUAUGAUGGGUACACCAUCACAUUUACAUUUAAUUUUGUCAUUAUUACUUUUAGAUAAUAUGUAAAUUAUCGUGACUUUAUAUUAUUGCUACAUUAUUUAAUUACUGGACGUAUGUUAAUGAUAAUGUAAUAAUGGAUUUUUGAAAUUUACUGGGUUAGUGGGUUUGGUGAUUAUAUUUAAGUGCCGUAAUGGUUAUACUAUUAUUAUUAUUAUUAUUGUUACUAUGCAUAAUAACAAAUUUAUGUGGCUAACCUAAAUUAACCGAAUAGACUAGAAGUUUUGUAACCGUGUAUAAUUUAUUAGGGUCGUUUAUUUAAAUUUCUUCACCUUGCGACGUUCCACUAUAUAGUAUAUUAUUUUAAAACAUAAAUAGUUUUAUAAUAUUAAAACACAUUAUAAAAACGUGUUAUAACUUUUAGUGUAAAACUGAUGAAAUUAUAAUAUAAUCUAUCGUUAAAAAAAUAUUUAGUGUUAACAUUUUCAAUAUACAUAAAUUCAUUCCUUUGGUACAGCAGUAGAUCACCACAAAUCAAAAAACAUAGUUUCGAAAGAAUGUAAUUCUAAAAUUGUGUUUGCUCAGUAGCUAGUUUUUAAGAAUUAAUUUUAAAACUUGAAAAAUAUUAAUAUUCUCUAAAGCUGUUUAGCUGAAUCAGCUUAAAUCUAAACCAGACUUCACAAAUUAUCGUAGUUUAGCAAAAAUUGAUAUUUGAAAAAAUAAAACUGACAAAAUAUAGCAGUAAUAAUUAUUCUUUUCACUAGUGUCAUACUCAUCUAGUUCAGAAUUAUUAUAAUUAUGUACAUAGAGGGUAGGGGGUAUAUUAUAACCUUGUGGAUAUCCUUUUAACCACAUUUAUUUUUUCUUUAAAUUUUUGAUUUAUUAAUUUGUAUUAAUUGUACACUCUUUUAAGAAUUGACAGCAGCAAUUAUGCAUAUCAGCAUAAUAUUUAAAUCAAUACGAGGUAUUUGUAGUUUCAGAAUUUCUGAAAAUGUCAAUAAAUGUUUUAAAUAAAAUGUCAUCAGGAAAACAAAUUUGAAUAUUUUAAAGUAUGUCAAGAAAAAAUCCAGACAUUUUUAUUCACUGAAAAAGUAUUUUCCGAUGAAAUAAAAAACAUAUAUCUUAAUUAAACCAACAGCAUCUUCGCUAUACUCAGAAUAAUAAAAAAAAAAAACAGACCAAUCAUUGUAGCCCUUUCGUUUUGCAACCCGGAAUUAUAGCUUCCUAGCCCUCUCCCCUUAAAUCCAGAUCAGGUAAAAAUACCUCAAAUUAAAAUUAAGCAAUCUUUCAAUUCUUAAGUUUAAUUACAAAGAAAACAUAAAACUACGUAACAAACCCACGCGUCAAAACUUGACAAUAUUAUUAUUUUUUUAAUCCCGAAAAAUGAAUAAGUUCAACGGUGCUGCGAUAAAUAUUUAUACAUAUGUAUUCUAGAGGCGUUGGUCGGGUUACGACGCGCGACGUAUCCAUUUUGCAGAUUAGUAUUUUUUAAAUAAAAAUAUCGAUCUGGAGACUCAACUCAAAAAUCAUUAAAACCACAACAUUGUCGAGUUGUGGCAGUCUCGUAUAAAUGCUGCGAAUUAUUAUAAUUGGGAAUUUGUGUUGUUUAUAAUAAUAAGUAUAAAGUCGAUGAAUUAAAUUGUAGGGACGAAGUUUUAUUUUAUGUAACGGUUAGAGUUAGUUAAAGGUACAUAUAAAUAGUGAAUAAACAUUAAUUGAACUUGUUGAACAGUGCACUUGAUAAUAAUAUUUAAAUGGGGAAAAAAAACUAUUUACAACGAUAAAACCUGCAGGUACAUAUUUUGUGUUUGAACAUUGAGAUUUUAACGUUUUCUAAAAUUUUACCUAAUAAUAGUUAUUUUAUAUUAUAUUACUCAUUGCAUAACUUGAACAGGACCGUCUCUGUUCGAGGAAAAAGGAUCUGAGAAUACUAUAAAGGCGGGGUCUAAAAAAAAAUUCACUUUUCAUAUGCGUUAAAAAUUGUAUUUUUAAUACGUGUUCUAUAACCAAUAAAAUGCAUGUAUAAGUUCAAUUUAUAAAGUACACGCGGACAAUAUAAGGAAAAAGGCUUCAGCAACCGUGGUCCCCGUUUCGUAUCCACAGCUGACCCCGAAUAAAUAUUCUAAACUUUAUUAAUUUUUAUAACACGCGGUUAACCCAUAACAUGUAUUCUAUAGAGUAUAUAUAGUACCCGUGAUACACCUAUACACGUAAGAGAGAUUUUGUUAAGAAGAGGAUAUUUUUCGCGUUACCACGUUUUUCGAUAGUCAAUGAAUAUUUUAGGAGUUUAAAAAAUAUAUAAUAAUAGGACGUGACAAGAAAAGUACGGCGGUGGCGUGGAAAAAUAAUGUUGUAUCCCCGGGCGCAAUACCUAUAUAUCUAUCUAUCGAGUAUUAUUGACGUUUUCGGGUACGCUAAAUAACACCGAUACGUCUACAUUGAUGAAGUGCGAUAAUUGAUUGUGUUGACUGUCAUUGAGCCAUUAAUACGAUCAAUGUUAACGUAAAUUAAUGCGUUACAAUAACCGAGCACGUGCCCUUUUUACAGGAAUAUCAAUAUCGUUGUUUCAUCCACAUUGGAUUGAUGUGUUCCGAAAACCGACCACAACGAACAAUAUAUUCACCUAUAAUAUCAAAGUACCUAAAUAGAAUUUAAUCCAAUAAUUAUUGGGAAAAUCGGUUGAGUUGAAAAACUAGUUAGAAACAACUAGCUAGUUAAGUUCGACAGUUUAAAAAAAACGACCGAUAUUUUUUUUUUUGUUUAACACGUCAUACUCCGAAAGUUGGCCCGAUCGAUAUUCCGGUGCGUUGAGAAUUUUGAAAAGAGAUUUUAAUUCACUGAAAAGUGUACAUGAGAACGAUCAAACAACUAUUUUGUCAGUUUAAUUUUAUGUUUUUUCAUAUAAUUUUAUAAAUUUUAAAAUUUUCAAAACCUUUAGUAUCUUUUUUUUUUGGUGGCGUUAAAACAAAUAUUAUUAUUUUAAAAUCAAAAGGUUAUAAUAUUAUUUUACUGAUAAGUUGUUAUAGUUAAGAAAUCGGCUUAAUAAAAGUAGAAGAAAAUAUUAAAAUGUAACACACAUGUAUAGGUCAAAAUUCAAAUCAUUGCUCAACGUCUAUAAAAUACUGAUUUUAUUUUUACUUGAAAUCUCUGAAAAAUUGUUGGUCCAAAAAUAGGAAGUUUACAGUGCAUCUGUAUAUUUUUUUACGGUAUUCUAUACCAGGCUUACAUUUUUUAACUUAUUUGUUCCUGUUUUAUUUUAGUUUAUUUUUUUAUCGUAUACAUGAAUACGAUAUACGUAUAUUACUGAUGAUGUGGACUCACAUGAGUACCACUUUCACUUUACACAUCAAUUUAGGGGUGAUACGAAAUUAUCAUUUUGGAAGACUAUUGGGUAUUUAGUUAUGGGUUUUGCAAAACCAUCAGAAAAUGUUCUAACUCUCAUCGACACAAACUAUUUGUCUUUCCGGAAAAUAUCUCCGUACGGUGUGCAAAUUUGGAUUAAGGGAACACAGCCACGUUUCUACUAAAUAUAGUUUUUAUUCCAAAAUCUAAUUGUAUGUCUAUAUAGAAUUCCAAUGCAUAAUGCUUAUUUUGAUGGUAGGGCGACGCAGUUGUGUAAUUAUCGUAGACAAGGAUGAUUCGAAUCAAACAAUUUUGACAACCACUGACACAUAUAAUAUUAUUUGCUUUUGCUAAUUAAAACCACGAAUGUUGAAAAACAAAAAAAAAAAAAAAAAAAAAAAACAAAAAUACAGUACACGGUUUUUUUUAAAACAUUUUAUUUCAUUAAUUAAAACCGAUAAGUAUGUAUACCGGAAAGGUACAACGUUGAUAACGUUAAAAUUGUUUUAAAAACGUUUUGGUAAUUAGUAUAAUAUAUUACGUAUUGCGAAACCGUGAAAUAUUUGCGUACAAAUGUAUUACUGUAAUUAUACGAAUUACUAAGUGACGGUUGUACUACGGGUAUGGUACAUUUAUUAUUAUUAUUUUUUUUUUUCAGUCGUGAUACUGGAAAUUUCAUUAGAAUAUUCAUGUAACGGAAUACCGCGUAAGUGCACUGUUCUAUAUUAGAUUAUUGAGUUGUAUUCAGCGAGUGAAAUAAUAAUUGAUAUUGUUCACUUAAUAUAAUUAAUUCGACGCACUGAUAAAAUAACGUUCAAUUAUAAUAAUAUCGCGCACUCGGUUUACGUAACGUCUAUGUGUUGUUUUAUCGGCGAUUUUAAUUAAUCAGACGUCAAGUCGAAACCGUGAUUGUUAAUAGUUAGGUGAUACGGCGUUUUUGACAGGCAAUUGUGGUACAUACGUGUCGUACAAAAUUACCGUUCGCGGGUUUCAGUUUGAAUUUCAUUUUCCGAGGGCAGGAUGCCAAUAAGACGGGCAAGUACUUGUAAUAGCGUCCGUGAUCUUUAUCAUUUUCGACUUGUUGAUGAAGUUAAUGCUACCUGGGCACUGAGUUUAACGAUGCUAUAUACCUACUAGUAUGUGUUACUUGUAACGUGUUUAUAAUGUAACAGAGUAUACCGGAUUUCAUGUGCAAACUAGUUUUUUCAAUUUUUCAAUUUUUUACACGACCCGGAUAAUCGACUUUGAACAAUCAUAACUCGUAAAUAACUGUAUAAUCAUUGAUAAUAUUUUACGAAUACCGUAUUAUAGAAGCAACUCGAUAUGGGUUCGCUGUUUUAUCUCAGAUUUUCGUAUACAUAUAUUAUAAUUUAUUUUUUUUCAAAUAAUAACUUUUGCUUUCGUUGUUUUAAUCUGUUUAUGUUAAAAUAUUAUUUUUUUUUUCGAAAAAUUUUCAUCGACAUUAUACGAGUGUUACAAAUCUCGCAAACUUGAUAGUUAUUAGUUUUUCACUAUUUAUAACAUAAUAACCUGACCCGUUUAUUGUGUUUAGGAAUUUGUAGUACAGACAAAAUGAGGAGACGUAUAUAUUGUGUAGCUGGGUAUACAAUUAUUAUUUUCCAUUCUCUCUCUCUCUCUCCGGACUUCUUAUUUAAACUUUGAAUAUCCUUUUAAAUGAUUAUAAAUAAUAAACUUCUCGAUCAAUAUUUAGCCUAUCUGUAUGUAUCAUAUUACAUUACACUUUUCAAAUAAAUGUUUCACUUUAAAAUAAAAUAUGAUCAAAAUUAAGAUACAAAUUCAAUAGAAAUUUAGAACUUAAAAAAAAAUCAAGGAGAAAGGGAGGGGGGAAUUAGGUAAUACAAAUUACUAAAUAAAAUAUUUUGCCUAUUUCAACAUAAUACACAUUAUACAAUGAUUGUUUCAAUUCUGUAAAUGCGUAUAAUAAUAAUUAUAAUUAAUAUACAUUUAUACAUAUACAUAUUCACUAACGUUGUUCUGAUAGUAGGUUUUCUUUUUCUGGUUCUAGCCUUUUCAAUAUUACGAGUAUAUUAUGACACAAUUAUUUGUUAUAGUCUUGGGAUAGACAUUUUUUCACUAUCCGUGUUUGUUACAAUUGCCUAACGAGUAUUAAUAUGUAAUUUUUCGCGUUUUCUAAGAUCUCUUUAUUUUCAUGGAUAAAACUUGAAGGUUUUUAUUCUGCCUCCAAGUGAAAGCCUUAUUAUAGCUGGAAGAUUCUUUAUAAAAGUCACUGAAAGUACCAAAAAAAUAACUGUCUCUGAUAAGACGAAAAAAUACCAGAAAAGAGUCACAGACAAUUUUUUGACAAUAUGAUGUCAUCGAGACGAUAAACGGAAUCCCCCCCCCCACCUCCAGUCAUGAUCUGUCCUGGACAAUAAAAACACAAUAAAUUAGACGAACCAAGGUUAACCAAUUUAUUUAUAAAGGUCACCUUAAACAGUGAGUAUGGACAAUGUAAAAUAUCGAGCUACUUACUUGAAUACCCACUAUUAUACCACAAUACGAGAAAAAUCGAAAGGUUUUGUGGAGAUGACGGGAAUUCAGGACAAUGCGAUUAUGAUCGUUAAUUAUUGCGAAUGAAUGGAGGUAUAAAUAUUUUUAGUCAACAGACAAAGAAUUCGCGUAUUAAUUAAAUUUGAUAUUAUAAAUGAUGGUCGAAAUGUUCUUCAAAUUCAAAAUUGUAAGCUAAUUUAUUCAUUAUUUUACCCUUGGUCGAACAAGGGUACAAUUAUUAUAAUUAUGAACGUGAUGAUUGUCAUUGUACUUUUGGGUAUUUGGACGCUAUCCAGCAAUGAAUUAUUAAAUUCAUUUGUUAUAGCGCGUGGUCCUGUUAAUUUUUUUUUUAAUCAAUUGUCUAGACUAAAAAGUUCUUGGCAACGGAAUUAUAUGCGUCUUUGUGAUUCUACAAUAACUAAAACCAUUCACAAAAUAUGUAUGAAGUUUCGAAUAUAGUUUGAACACUGAAAUUAUAAUUACUCGCGGUGAUCUUAAAAACUGUUUUACUUUUAUUGUUCAAAGAACAAAUGCAUUUUGUUUUUAUACAUUUCACAUAAAGAUGAGCGUACUCAAUUGAAAACUGUACUAAUACUUGUUGCUAUUAUUGUAAAGUUUAAUUUACAAUGUUUUUAACAUUUUAACUGUUCGACCGUAACUUUGUAAAGUUAAAAAUGUUUACGAUUUUGUGUAAACAAAGGGGCUAUAAUAAUAUCAUAAAUUAUAAAGUAUCCGGAGAAGAAAAUAUUAUGAUUUAAAAUCUAGAUUAUACCUAAAGGCUUUUGGCUUUCAAGAGCACUUACAUAAUGUUCUAAACUUUUAAUUAUUAUUAACAGGUGUGUACUGUGCGAUAUUAAUUUGUUUAGAGCUGAAAAGAAAAUUCCAUCUCUGCGACUACAAUAAUACAUAUAGUUUAAAAUAAAAUGUCUAGCGUUGACAUAUUUUAACAAAACCAGUUUUCUUUAAAAAUUUUAUUUUUUUUUUCAAAUUUUAAUGAGCUGCUGAAAACGCAUUGUAGGUUUACACAUUGGACCCGAAUAGUAUUAACUAUGAGUAUAUACUUCAUUUAUUUUAAAAUAAUAAUUAGAACAUCUUGACAAUAACUAAUAUCAAAAUAUGAAAAUACCUAAUUUAAUAAUUUAUACGAUUUAUAUUUCAGAAAUGCCCGGAAGGUGUCGUACAAGAAGAUUUGUUCAAAGAUAUCUAUUCCAAGUUUUUCCCACACGGAAGUAUGUACAACUAUUAUUCAAUUUUUAUAAAUAUUAUUUUAAAUAAUUAUUUAUAUUAUCACAAUUCUGCACAGUUUCCCCCUUUUUUUUCCGAUACACCAUUAAUAUCUUCUUACGUCAUUUUGUUAUAGACUUAAUUUUUAUUUCUAUAUUUCUAUAAUAUUAAAACUGAUAUUUUAAAAGUUCCCGUAGUUUACGUGUUAAUAAUCACUUAUUGUGCAUUUAAAUUAAAUUUCCUCAAUGCAGAACGUGUAUAAUUUCAAUUUUUGACGGUUUGCUUAUAUUUAUUUGACAAGAGACACCAGUGCAUUAAUGUUUCACAUUUAAACGCGAUGGUUAUUGAAUUUGAAGAGCAAUUAUUGAGCGUUAGGUCAGCAUUAAAAUUCGACUGCUGUACUCGUUUUUUCAGUUUCGUUAGAUUAACGUAGUUAGGUAAUUUAUUGUACAUAAAAUGAUGAACAAGGCAACUUGAAGAAUAGUCUUUCUGAUUUUUGUUCAAUUACCUACAGGUCAAAGCUGGGCAAGUUAUCUAACUUUAGUCACUGAGAAAGUUACAGCUACUUUUCUUAAUUAAUUAACUUAGUUAAGUUACAAGUUUCUAAAUAAAAAACCAGUUAUUUUAAUAGUUAUUAAUCAAAAAUGUAAAAGUUAAAGUUACUAUUUAAACUUUUUUUAAUUGGCCUUUAUUGUAUGGGUAAUUCACAUCAGAUUAAGGAUAGAUCAUCAAGGAUGGAUGUAUCACAUCAGAGGAAUAGAUAAGAUAACCUUCACGAAUAUAUUUAUUAUGUAAAAGUUAAGAUGUUUUCAUCUUGGUAAAAAUAUAUAUAUUUUUCUUUUAUCCAUCAUGCUAGGCACAUCCUCAGGAAAACAAAUCUGAGUUACAAUAUAUUGGUGACAAAAUUAUGAAAACUAGCUUGUAUAUUUUUUGGUUCAAAUAAAAAGUAACUCAUAAAAUUACUCUUAUAUAUGCACAAAAAGUAAUUUGUUAAAUUACAAGUUAUAAGAAAACUAUAAGUAAAUUACAAGUUAAAAAGUUACUGAUUUUUGUAACUUUGUAACUAGUUAUUGCCCAGUUUUACUGCAGGUACCGAUAUAUAGACGUAUUUAUACGAAACGCUUUGGGUAUGUUCACUGUUCUUACCCUCUUCCCAAAAAAGGGUUUGAAUUGGCAACAAAACAUUUCAUUACAAAAAAUCGAAUUUUUAAAUUAUCUUGUAUUCCGAUAUUCAUUAUAUUUCCAAAUUAAAUUUUUCGUUUCUAUUAAGGCAUUUUAUACAUUCUUAUUUACGUUUAUAUUUAUUUAUUACAGAUUCAAAUUUAUAUGCUCAUUUUGUGUUCAAAGCAUUCGAUGUCAAGAGUAACGGCGCAAUUAGUUUUAAAGUAAGUUUUGUAUUUUGUACUUAGUGCGAACUGCUAAUCUACGCGAUUGCAGUUGUUACAAUUUGAUGCAUUAAUAAUGUUCCAUGCAGAAUAAUCGUAUUAUCAUUAGAAUAUUGAGAAAUUUAGAAAUCUUAAAAGUGUUUUAUAUAUUAUGAUCCUUGCAUGUAGAAGCCAUUUUAAACCUUCUAUAAUAAUAUAAUAUGUACCUAAUAUAAUUAUGUAUAUUUUUUUGAGCGUAUUUUAUAUUUUUUUUUUAUUAAAAAUUUAUUAUAUUAUAAGAGGCUUGCGCGUGACCUGAUUUUGCUCAAAAGACACUUAUUAGAGGAAAAACUCUCUAAAGUUAUUGAGUGAAUCCAUUUCGAUAAUCUUUUUUUUUUGUUUUUUUUGGUUAGAAAGAACAAAACUUCUUACAUGGGAUAUGGGACUUGGAUUUUGAAAAUAAUAUUUCUGAACGUUUUAAUUAGAAUUUUAACAUGAUCAAUGUUUACUAUUUUUUAAACUAAUUUUUUUGUGGUUUUUCGAAAAUAUAAUAUAAUACAUAAAUACAUAUAAUACAUAUAAUAUAAUAAUAUAAUACGUUUUGUAGAAAGCUUUUUUUCCAACAGAAAAAUUGUUCUAGAUUCAAUCAUUGUACGAGACAUGAACAUUUUUUUUCAUGUGAAAAAACAGAUUGUGUGCGUUCCUCUUAAUAUAAUUCAAACAGAAACUAUUAAUGGUUUGCUAUUAACAAUUAUUAAUAAUUUAAAACAGACCACGAACAGGACCCUUAAUAAAAACGUUCGAUACGUUGGAAGUAAGAAUAAAUUUAAAAUUUAAACUUAACACAUUAGAAAUUAUAGAUUUUUAUUGUAUUUACAGUACGUAUGUAUAAUUAUAACACAAGUACUUUUUUUUUUUUUGUAGUUUAAGUAACAACAUUAUUUUUGAAAGUAAAAACUAUAAUUACCUAAAUAUAACAUUAAAACGCAUUAUGUAUUUGUUACUUUAUGAACGCAAUCGAAAUGAUUUGUUUAAGUCAAGUAAGCGUGUGUACUAAACAAAUCGUAACAAUGUGAAUAUUUCGGAUAUUCUGAAUUCACACACAGUACAGAAAAUAAAUUGAAAUUCAAUACAAAAGUAAACAUUAAUGUCAGUAGAGAUAUCGGUUCGUGUUUACGAUAAAGUUGAAUAAAAUAUAUUUUAUGUAUAAAAGAAAUAAAUUAAACAGAAUUCAUCUCUUCCGAUAAAUAUCAUAUGAUUUAAACUAUCAUAUCCGUAAUAUAUAUUCUAUCGUUAAUAAUUUGCAUCAUGUUUAUUGUUUAUUACGUUGAGAUGAAAUUUGUUUAGAUGGAGUUUGAGAGGUUAUAAACAUUUUAUAUUUUGCACUCGGUAUAACCGUAUGCAUUUUUGUGUGAAAUGUAUUGUACUCGACGACGGUACUAAAUAUACGAUAUCGUUAAGUUCCAAAAGAAAUAAUGUAAAAACAUGUUCGAGUCUUAUUUUAUCUGAAAUCACCGAAUUAUUAUAGGUAUAUUUUUCACCGAACUAACCAGCUGUUGACGAUUUGUAUAUUUAUUCCUUUUGAACAUUCGCUAAAUAAUUAUAAAAAUACGUUUGUACACGGUAAAUUUGUUCAGAAACUUUCGGUUUGUUUAGUCUGUAGUCGUGCAUUGUAAUAGUAUAAGCGCAAAUCAUUGAAAUACAAAAUACCGUUUGUGAUUUACUGGAGCGUAAAUAUUAUAAUAAAUCGACGUUCUUUUGAUGGCGGCACGAGGAUGUACAAAAAUGCCGAACGGUCUGAUUCUUUUUUUUUGUUUAGGAUUUCAUUGUGUUCUGAAUGUUUCAAGACGCCAUUCAUUUUCUUGCGUUAAGCAAUUCCAAUAUUAUAGCUGUUGAGAGUUAAGCCUCUUUCUAUCUCUCUCUUCCCGCGGCUUUUCCUUUUCUCGGCGUUCAAAAGCGUUAAAACUAUCGAUCGCGGGUGAGAUGAUGAGCUCUCAAAAUUCCCGGUGUGAAACUUUACAGAUAUAUAUAUAUAUAUAUAUAUAUAUACAAUAGCAGCUAGUAUAAUGUAAGCGUAUUUUAUUAUUUUUUUCAUCUGUAUAAAACGAAAUAAAUUGAAACUUAUAUAAAAUGCGAUUUACUGAAAAAAAAAAAAAAAACCUAAACUUCUCGUGCAAUAAUAACAACCGAGCGCUUUAAACUCAUUUUUUUAUUAUACACAAAGACGGUUUAUUCUGCGGACCGACCAUUUACCCGGUCCGGCGUACCUCCAAUAAUUCGUCCGACUUUUGUGCCAUCGUAUAGUAAAUUCAAUUAUCGAUUCACUAUAUUGCAGGACAUGCUGAUGACUCUGUCCACUCUGCUCCGCGGGUCCAUUUACGAGAAGCUCCGGUGGACGUUUAAGCUGUACGAUCUGAACGGCGACGGGUGCAUAACGAGGUCCGAGCUCGGUCAAAUCGUGUUGGCCAUCCACGAGUUGAUGGGCAAGAGACCGCAAGUAAGAACAAUAUAAUAUUAUUGUUUUCGAACCGUGUUCGCAUUACACCUGCAUACUAUAAUAUUGUCGUUAUCGAAUAUUAUCACUACCUAACUUUGUAUAAUACACACUCGCGCAUACACCACCGAACACGUAUUUGCGUUAUUAGGGGUGCCUCCAGACCUUGGCUAUGGGGGGAAGGCUAGAUAAUUAAAAAAUUUAAUAUUAAAUUCAUAAUAUUCGGAUAUAUUUCAUCUUUUAUAAUUUAAAACCCGCCCUCUCAAAAAAUAUUUGCAUUCGAAAUUCCAAACAUCAAAAAGUGAAUAUGUGCUUUAUUUGUCCUUAAAAAUGGGGUGAACAUGUAUAAUACAUCAUCCAGUAUAGUACAUACAUUUAUAUUUUUAAAUUGCUUACAGUAUAAAAUCGUUAAAUAAUCGUUUUUGAUCGUGAUGUAAUCGAACCGCUGUUUUUCCGUUUGUUCUCGUUUAUUAUUCGUCAAUACAUUGUGAAUCGUGUCAUUCUUAAUAAUUGUUAUCUCAAGGAGUGCGCCGAUUAUGGACUCUGAUAUAAGCACAACCUAGUUUAUAUAUGACCACAAACCACGGUUAUAGACGUUAUGGUCAUAUCUAUAUUUGUGCCAUGAAUAAAUGUUUAAGAUAUCAAUAAAGAUCUAAAUUGGUAAGAAAAAAAAACUACGUCAAAUUAUACAUUGACUAUACCUACUUCUGGACCAAUGACUAUGCCAAAUGAUAAUGUAAGUCCACUUCUCUCGGGGGUGAUAGGGGCGAUCACUCUUAUCGCCCGUAUCCACAUAAAGACGUCCCUGUGCAUUAUCAUAUUAUAAUGGAUGUUUUACGGGUCCCCGGGUAUAACCGACCGAGCGAAGAAACUUGGCACCGAGCGCUGACAAAAUAUUAUCUAAAUUCCGAUUUAAGCGACAUAGGUUUUUUCGUUAAAGGCGAGAACCGUAUGCACUGUACACAAUAAUAUCGGCAUGAUGUGUUGCGAUAUUAUUCAUAAUGCAAGAAUCAAAUGUUUGAGAAAAAAAAAAUAAUAGUAAUAUUAAUAAUAUUAUAAUAAUAUAGCAGACUUUCGCAGUCGGUCGGUUCGAAAAGAGACGGUUUCAAAGAUGUUGUAUUUAAUUUAAUUUAAAAGUUGUGAACCGAGAGGUUUAUCAAACUUAAAACUAAUAACGUUAAAAUAAUUUUUAAGUCAAGAACCUUUUUUUUCUUUUUUUUUUUUUAUGAAUACUAAAUUUAAUAUUUUUUAAGUUCUUCUUUUUUGAACAUUGACAAUAUUUGAUUGAUUAGUUCCAACAAUAGACAUUUUUUAAUUUUUUUAUUAGAAUGUUUUGUUUAUACUCGUUUAUUUAAAACUAAACAAUUUAGUCAAAAAUAAUUUUUGUAUAUUACAGUUUUUAUUAUUAAUCUCGAAACGAUAAAAAAGUGCCAAUUUAAUUAUUUAAUUACAUUUUUAUUGACGUAAAUAUCGAGUACUUGGAUGGGAUUUAGCCACUCGAAAUUUCUGUCAAGAUCACCCUAAUCAAGUCUUUAAUAAGAAUUAAGUAAAUACUAAGUAGUCAAACAUAGAAAAAUAAAUCAACCAAUUGUAUUGUAUUGGCCUAACCUUCCCUCCGAAAAUAAAUAUUUUUCAACUAUUUGUGUCUAUGCGUACUAUGGUAGGUAAACAAGUAGAUAACAAAAUAAAUGUUUAUCCAAACUGUUAUAAAUAUUUGAGGAACUGCAGUAUGGUAAUGUAUGGAAUUGUGUUUUUAGUGUCCUAUUGUUAAAACGUUUAUAGAGUAUUGAAUCAGAAUGAAACCGAAAAUGUGUUACUUAUCGAAGAGCAUUUGGAUGUCCUUAAAUUUGGUUUAGUCGUUGACACAGCCAUUUAUUAUGUUGUUGGCAAGAUAUCAGAUCACUUUAGCUACAAAACUUUUUGGGUGUAGUUAACGCGUAUAUAUAUCAUUUUAAAAUGAGAUACAUAGUUGUGUUUGUACAUUUUAACUCUACAAACUAUAUGUUCAAAAUAAAUUAGUCUCUUGAGAAAUCUUAACAGCACUCCUAUACUUGGGUUGCAUUUUUAUUUCUACUAUAUUGAUUUUGUAUAUACUUUGAGCAUAGCAAAAUAAAAGAAAUAUAUUUGUAUACGUUUAACGAAAUUCUGUUUAAAAUUUUAUUCAAAAUUUUGUACAUAACGUCCUCUAAAAUAAAUAAUGAUAGUACAUUUUACUUACAUACUUUAUAAACUUCCCUUCAAUUUAGAAAAGCAUCAAGAAAGCCAACAACAUAUAGAUUGUAUACCCGGAGGUUUUUGUUUUGUAUUUUAUUAAUUAUUUCGUUUCGUUUUUUAUGAGCAGAUUAGUUAUAUAUGUCCGAACGAAUAUUUCUUAAGUCUCAAAUUUAUUAAAAAAAAAAAAAAAAAAAAUAAAGUUUUCCCACUUAAAACCAAUUGACUGAUUUUUCUUAUUCUUACCGAGAGUAUCCGAUUUUCAAGUUUCUCAACUACUUUAAAUUGAACACUUCAAUUAAUUAUUUGUUUUAGAACUGAUUUGAGUGAUUAAUGAUAUUCAGCUACUUCUAUUUAAAUUUACCACGUACCUAUUAAAAAGUUAUUGUUUGCAUUUGAUAUUAUUUAAAAAUCGUAAUUAUAUUUAAUUAAAUAAUAUUGUUUGUUGGAUACACGUUUUAUUAUUACAAAAAAAAAAAAAAAAACAAUUAAUAAUAAAAUCAUAGUUUAAAUCAUUAGGUAUAUUUCAUUAUAUAUAUAUUUUUUAAUUUUAAAUAUUUGUAAUAAUAAUAUAAAGUACUGUACACGUGUUGCAUUUUAAGGUCACAUAAUUAUAUUUGUUGGUACAUUAUUAAUUGUAUUUGAUGUUCAAUAGGGUCGUGGAAGUACCAAAUCCAAAGAUCAAACCGAUAUGGUUUUUCAAAAACUCGACAUCAACCAAGAUGGCGUGAUUACGUUUGAAGAGUUCAUUGAAUCGUGUUUGAAGGUAAUGAUAUUAUAAUAGAUUGUGAACAAUAUAAUAUUUUGUUGUACAAUUAUUUUACAUCGAAUGCACAAUUCGUUUGAUAAUCGAUUGAUUGAUUGAUUGAAUGAAUGUCGACAGGACGAGGCGAUCACGAAAUCAUUACAAGUGUUCGACUCGAGAUCUCUGUGA